AUGUCUAAUGAAGUGGUUGAAAUAGCAAGUACUCUUCUAGGAAAAAAUAUUUUAGACAAUCCUCAGGUAAGAGAGUACAACAUUUAUUUUCAAAAUUAAUAUAGUGACUGUAAAUAAAUGUUUGUUAUAGUGUGGUUAACAGAUAUGUAUUAAUAAUUAUAUUCCAAACAUAUACAUGAGGAAUAGAAAUAUGUCAUGCUUAUCUUGAGUUCAGGGUUUUCAUACAAUAUAGCGAGUCCUUUGCCACAUUUAGGAAUGUUAAGCCUUAAUCAUGAAAACAGUCUUAGUGAUGAUGCAUUUGGUGUUUCUGCGCAAGCCACAAAUUAACCUUCCAGCGCUCUCUCUGAUUGACAAACCUCAGCAACAUGCAACAGGAUUACAUACUCACUCAGAGUGGGCACAAAAUCUAGAGAUUGUCUUACAGUUUCUCUUAUUCUUGUUAUUUAAAAGAGCAAAAAAUGGGUCGCAAGCAGGGCCGGACUGGGAGAAAAAUUUGGCCCGGGCAUUUUUUUAACACAGCGGCCCACUAAGAAGGGGGCGGGGCAGAGGAGGUGUGUUUUGUCAUCACUAAUGACAAACACGCCCCCUCUCAAAGUGAGCAUGUUGGUUCAAUGCUCUCCCAGGGCAGACCAUGCGCAGAGCUCUGCUGAAGAGCUCUAGCAUGAGAAAAAAGCUCUGUAUUUGUUCUGCAAAGUGCAAGCAAAUUUAAAAACAUGCUUGCACUGUGUUUCCUUGCAACUUGUCUCUGGUGUCUCCAUAAAUGGAUACCAGGAGACAAAAAUGCCAGGAAGGAGUAUUGUGCAUGUGUUUGGAGCCUGCUUGUGGUAUUGCGUGUGUGUAGAGUGAGCUGAUUGUGGUGUGGUAUUGUGUAAUAAGGUUGGUUUUAGUCAUGUUGUGUUUGUGGUGUAAAGUGGUGUAAUGUGAUGCAUAUGUGUCUAUGGGCUGUAGAGAAUGUGUGUAUUGGGGAUAUAGCAAGUGUGUGCAUACAGGCUAUAGUGUGUGUGUGUGUAUAUAUAUAGGUGAUGAUGUGUGUGUUUAGGGGUGUAGUAUGUGUUUGCUUACAAGGAAUCUAGUGUGUGUAUAGGUGAUCCAGAGUGUGUAUGUUAAGAGUGUAGUGUGUGUGUAUAUAUUUUUUUAUUUAUUUUUGGAAGUAUUGUGUAUGUGUGUGGUGCAGUGUUUUGGGGGGUUCUGUGUGUAUGUGAGGGGUGCAGUAUGUGUGUGUGAGAGUGUGGUGUGUGCGACAGUGCCGUGUGUGCGAGAGUGCCGCGUGUGAUGGGUGUGAGAGUGAUGGGUGUGAGAAUGAUGGGUGAGAGAGUGCUGUGUGAGAUGGGUGUGAGAGUGCUGUGUGUGUGAGAGUGCUGUGUGAGAGAGUGCUGUGUGAGAGAGUGCUGUGUGAGAGGGCUAUGAGAGAGUGCUGUGUGAGUUAGUGCUGUGUGUGAGAGUGCUGUGUGUGAUGGGUGUGAGUGCUGUGAGUGAGUGCUGUGUGUGAUGUGUGUGAGAGUGAUGUGUAUGAGAGUGCUGUGUGUGAUGGGUGUGAGAGUGCUGUGUGUGAUGUGAGUGACAGUGCUGUGUGUGAGAGUGCUGUGUGUGAUGGGUGUGAGAGUGCUGUGUGUGAGAGUGCUGUGUGUGAUGGGUGUGAGAGUGCUGUGUGUGAGAGUGCUGUGUGUGAUGGGUGUGAGAGUGCUGUGUGUGAGAGUGCUAUGUGUGAUGGGUGUGAGAGUGCUGUGUGUGAUGUGAGUGAGAGUGCUGUGUGUGAUGUGUGUGAGAGUGCUGUAUAAAUGUUAGAAAGGAUUGUGUGUGUGUUGGGGGGGCAAAAAAAACCAGGCAUUAAAUCCCCCCCUCCCUUCAUACCUUUAGCCUGGGAGGGGGGGACCGGCACGCUGGUACCUGGGACUGGGAGGCGGGGUUCCCUGGUGGUCCUCGUGGGUGAGUGAACUCUAGCCUGUGAGGCUAGAGUUCACUCUCGCGAGAUCCGGUCGUUGCCAUGGCAACGCGCCGGAUCUCGCGAGAGGAACCCGGCGGAGCUGCAAGCUAGAGCUCCGCCGGGUCCUCUCUCCUGGCGGCUGUCUCCCUCCCUCUCUCCCCGCCGGCGGCCGCAAUAUCCUGCAUGUGGGCCGGUGAGGGAGAUCUUUGAUCUCCCCACCGGCCCUUCAUGGAACAUAGCGGGGCCGGCGCUCGGAUAGCGCCGGCCCUGCAUGGACCGGCAGGGGAGAUCCUGGGAUCUCCCCUGCCGGCCUCGGCCCAUGGACAUCGCGGCCCACCGGGCAUUUGCCCGGUGUGCCCGAUGGCCAGUCCGGGCCUGGUCGCAAGAGUAUUUUGAGAACGGACAGCAGCUAAAAUAGCCUGCCCUUCGGUGGGUCCCCGCUCAGAACUCAAGCUGGUUUUAGCUCAUCUUCUGCCAUUACAGAAAGAACAUAUCUGAAGCAUAUCAAACUGGUCCCACCUAUACGGGCAGUCCAGCUUGAGAUCUGAGCGGGGACCCACCAAAGGGCAGGCUAUUUAACCUGCUGCCUGUUCUCAGUAUACUCUUGCAACCCAUAUUUUUGCUCUCCACAAGUUUAAAGGGAUAAUCCAGACGUGGAUCACUUGCUCACGGUGCCUAGAGAGAUAUCAGCUAUGCCUCACUUAUGAUGCCUAACAAGGCUGAAACGAUCGUCUGGGGUUGCUGUGUGUCUCAUGUAGAGAGAACUUGCUGGCAUUUCUGAUCUGGACUGCCCGUAUGGGUGGGACCAGUCUGAUAUGUUUCCGAGAUGUUCUCUAUGUAAUGACACAAGAUGAGCAAAAACCAGUUUGAGGGGACCCACCGAAGGGCAGGCUAUUUCAGCUGCUGCCCGUUCUCAGUAUACUCUUGCAGCCCAUUUUUUUUGCUCUCCACAAGUUUAAAGGGGAUAAUCCAGACAUGGACCCCUUGCUCAUGGUGCCUAGGGAGAUAUCAGCUAUGUCUCACUGAUGAUGUCUAACAAGGCUGAAACGAUCGUCUGGGGUUGCUGUAUCUCUCGUGCAGAAAGAACUUGCUGGCCUUUUGGAUCUGGACUGCCCGUAUGGGUGGGACCAGUCUGAUAUGUUUUAGAGAUGUUCUCUAUGUAAUGGCACAAGAUGAGCAAAGAAAAUGAAAAUCCAGCGCACUCGCUUAUCUACUAAACAGUAAUUUUAAUGCUGAACAAUUUUCAGUUUUAUUAAAAACACCUAAUCUAGGCAAAAAAAUUUAAUUCAUUUUCACUGUACUUAUUGGCCCCCAGCAGCACCCUAAUUUAGCAUGUGUAGGUGAGUGCAGCCAAACCCUUAUUUUCUCAUACAAGAUGAGCAAAGACCAGCUUGAGAUCUGAGCAGGGUCCCACCGAAGGGCAGGCUAUUUCAGCUACUGCCCGUUCUCAGUAUACCCUUGCAACCCAUUUUUUUGGUCUCCACAAGUUUAAAGGGAUAAUCCAGACGUGGAACCCUAGCUCACGGUGCCUAGGGAGAUAUCAGCUAUGCCUCACUGAUGAUGCCUAACAAGGCUGAAAUGAUCGUCUGGGGUUGCUGUUUCUCUUGAGCAGAGAGAACUUGCUGGCAUUUCUGAUCUGGACUGCCUGUAUGGGUGGGACCAGUCUGAUAUGUUUCAGAGAUGUUCUCUAUGUAAUGGCACAAGAUGAGCAAAAACCAGCUUUAGAUCUGAGUGGGGACCCACUGAAGGGCAGGCUAUUUCAGCGGCUGCCCGUUCUCAGUAUACUCUUGCAACCCAUUUUUUUGCUCUCCACUUGUUAUUUAAAAGAGACCAUGGGAAUGGAGCCAUGUAUGACCCAUAUCAUUGGGUAAAAGCACAAGGAUUGCUCAAAAUGUUAUCACCAUACUAAUAAUAUGUGCUGGGAUCAAUGUGUUAAAAAAAAAAGUAGCAAAGUAUAGAGGGAAUGCUGAAUUCGGGGGUAUUUUGAAUCAAUCUUUGGUACUCAAACUGCUGUGGACUACAUCUCCCAUGAUGUUUUGCUGACAUUAUUGCUGUAAGAACAUACUAGGAUAUGUAGGACACAACACCUAGAGUGCCAAAGGUUGCCUACCCUCGGCCUAUAUAUGUAUUUUCCAAAGAGAGUAUGUCUAUUGAGGUCUACAGCCUAUGUAUCUAAUUAUUCCCUUGCUUUAUUUCCCACCCAAUUCUUAGCAAAGUAGGUGUUACAAGGUAUCAUGACUGAUACCAAAGAAUUUGAUAUGGUUAACUAUUGCAUGCCUGACUAUUCUCUUAAAGGGCUACUUUGUAUUGCUAACUAGUAACCUUGAUUGUUCUCCUGACAUUCUUUUGUACUUUAAACAUGUUUCCCAUUAAAUUCCCAGUACCUCCCCAAAACACUAAGAUAUGAAAUAAUAAUGAAAACUAUUGCAAAUGGGGGGGUUUGAAAUUUAAUGUUAGGGAUAUUUCCUGACAAAUCAGAGUUACUAAAAUGAACUGUACCAAGUGGCAAUUGUUGAAACAAGUUAAGAUACUUAAAUUAAGUGCCGUUGCAUUUUCAUCUCCAAUUCUUCUCAUUUUUCUUCUACUACUUCACAGGAUUGACAUCAUCGUAUUAUGAGUUAGUAAAUAGCGGGGGGAAAAUGUGUACAUUUUUUUUUCAUUUUAUAUAGCUGUAAUUGGUUUUGUGUUUACAAAUUUGCAUAUUAAUAUUAAAAUUGUUAGUUAUGGCAUUGUUUGUUAUUUAAUAGAUUAGUAAUGCACAGGUUUAUAUUUGUGUAUUAAACAGGCAUACAGCGUAUUAAAAGAAGCUUUGAAACUGUGUGCAACUUUCCGUGGCACUUACUUGGAUGUAAAAAUGAAAGCUGACGAGUUUAACAUGAAGAAGAGAGAGGAAAAUGACCGCCAAAUGUAUGGUGACCAUAAUAUGUUUGCAUGACUUGUUUUUUAAUAAAUACAGAGAAUGGCAAUAACUGCAUUAUUUCCUAGCUGGGACAUAGACAAAAUUAUUAACUGAUUAGGUAGCUCAUUUAGUUAAUACACCACCAUUGGGUCCUGUGAAUACCACACUAUUGCAUAUUUAAUUCCUAUUAGAAUCUUCUCAGAUUCUCCUCCCUAUGAAGUCAAUAACACCAUUACGUUGGUAAUAGUAAUAUAUUUACCUACACGGUGUUAUAAUAUGUAUUGCUUUCAUCAGAUAUUAUUGUAAUAUAUUCCACAACCCUAUUCUGGUAUUGAUUAUAAUAUGAGAAUUACAAAGGUGCAUUUGCUGUUUUUUUUUUUUAUUAUAAUUUUCUAAACAAUUCCAUAUAAAUUAAUAUUUAAUGCAUUUACAUUUCUAAUGCUUUGAUAACAAAUUUGAAAGUCAUGCUACACAUUUAAUUCCCAUUGUAUUUUCUAGAUCCAAAAAAGCACCAGGUGCUGCGUGGAACCUUAAAAUGUACGAACCAUCACAGUCAAAAUUCAAUAGGAAAGAUUGGUUUUCUAAUAACCAAGGCAAGGAGAAGGAUGCCACACAAGACUUAUGGGUAGAUUCACCUUGGCCACCACACAAUGCACAUUGCUUCAAGAAUAUUAACAUGUUUAUGGAAAGGUGAGUAUGAUAACUUUCCUUAUAUCUAUGCUUUGAGUAUAGGGGUGUGACGGUGCACAGAGUUCACCUUAGAAGGUGUCUACAGAUAGGAACUGAGCAAUGUCCUCCCAAAUAUUUUGUAGGAGAAGAGUUGGAAGCAUAGUCUGUGUGGAAAUAAAUGUAAUUAGCUGUAUUAUUUGCUGCAUUGCCAGCCCCACCGUCCAUUGGUUUACCUACACCACCAAUUUCUCCUCUAGUAGUUUUACAACGCUAUAUUAAAGCUUUUAGCUCUUUGUUGAAGGUGCCACCACCUAAUUUACACCUUUAAGCCCCAAAUUAUAUUUAUUAUUUACUUAAAAUUGUUACAUGGGUGGAAGAAUUCUGUUGCCCAGGUCAUUUGCCACUCAUAGUAGGGAGCAAAAAUAUAGGCACAUGACAGUUAAAAAAAAACAACCUAAUAUUAGUUGUAAAAUCUUUUUAUUGAAAAAUAUCAUAAUAAUAACAAUACAUCCACUAUAUGUAGACGAUGGAGUAUGAUUCAGCAUGUAGACAGUAUAUAUACAGUGCUAGUAAUAAAAUAUAUCCCAACAUUUUAGCAAACAAUAUACAUAUGUUUGCAGUAGAAAUGCUUCAUAGAAAAUAUUUUAUAUGAACAGUAAGGCUCUCAAAUUCAAAAUGUUCAUUAAAUGUAGGUGGCAAAGAAAAAAAAAAGUUUUGGUGUGGAGAAAAAAACAAAAACAUGAAAUGAGAAGGGUAAAAACAUAAAGAUUGCUCAAAAUGUUAUAAUCACAAAACUAAUAAUCUGUGUUGAGAUCAAUGUGUUAAAAAAAGUAGCAAAGUAUUGAGGGAAGGCUGAAUUCGGGGGUAUUCUGAAUCAAUAGGGUUCCAGUAAGCACCUAGUGACUUGUAGAUAGGAGGCUGCAGAAACCACUCUCAAUUUAACUAGUAUUGAACCAUUAGAGAAAUCAGGCCUUUAAAGAUUCUAAAAAAAUUGAACUCUCUCGUACCAUCUAUCCAUUCUGAAAAGGAUGAGGGCAGGGAGUAUAUGGGAGGGAAUAUGAUCUAUAAUGUCUAGGUAUCAGAGAAGAAACCACAUUAAGGGAAUGGUGUAACAUUUAUUUUAAUGUGAUGCAGUAAUUUUGCAGAAAAUAAGCCAGAGAUGUCCUCUACACAUAUCUCUUUAUCUCUUUAAUAGUAAAUAGGAUGUCUGCCCAGAAAUCAUUAAUACUUGGGAAAUGUAGCCAAAUAUUGAUAUAAGUCCCCUGUCAGAAUGGUACCUACAGCACUUGUCAUAUACUACACGGAAUAUAGAAUAGAGUCUUACUGCUGUUUAAUGCCAUUAAGUGAGAAUCUUACAUGCUGAUUCUUGGAGUUUAGACAUUAUAGAGCAAUGGAGAAACUGAUAAAAAUGAUAAAGUUCUGCUUCCCAUUGUCUGAUACAAUACAGGCACGCAAUGAGUAUAAAGAUAUUUUUCACCACGCUAAAGAACAUUUUCUGGAGAUAUGUCUGUCAUUGGUUGAAUACACAAUCCUUACUACACCUAGAAAUAGAGGUGGACUUGCAGUUCCAGAUAUAUUAAAAUAUGAUAAAGAAACAAUGUUAAACUUGUUAGAGGGCUGAUCCUUUAAGACAUCUACAAACAGAUGGAUUUAGAUAGAAAUCAAUUUGGUAGGACCCCAAUGCUCCUUCCUGCUCAUCCCUAUAUUACCCCAACUUUAAAAGUCUGGAAAUUAUUGAGAUUGAACCCAACUAUACCCUCAUAGUCCUCCCCAUGAUACCUUUAUCUGGCAAACAAGACUUCCCUUCUGGUUUUAUUGGUGUCUCAGGCUUUUUAUGAUAAAGAAACAAUGUUAAACUUGUUAGAGGGCUGAUCCUUUAAGACAUCUACAAACAGAUGGAUUUAGAUAGAAAUCAAUUUGGUAGGACCCCAAUGCUCCUUCCUGCUCAUCCCUCAUUACCCCAACUUUAAAAGUAUGGAAAUUAUUGAGAUUGAACCCAACUAUACCCUCAUAGUCCUCCCCAUGAUACCUUUAUCUGGCAAACAAGACUUCCCUUCUGGUUUUAUUGGUGUCUCAGGCUUUUGCUCUCAAGACAUGCCCCCCAGAGCUAUUACACAUCAUUCAUAGUUUAUAAAACUUUUAUAAAUUCUUUUUACUCACUCCAAAAACUAAGCAGCAAGAAAGUCCAUUGGUAAAGUUUGAAUGCACGCAGCUGACCCAUUUUGUGCACUCCCCCAAAACAGCUAUUUUUUGUCCCUUAACCUUUUUUUUUUGAGAGGAUCUGCAUAAACCCUUGUCUAACAUAUCACCUUUUGUAUGACUGCAUUUUGACAAGCGUAAAUAAAAAGUAGGUUUUUAGGUAGUUUGGAAAAUGAGUUCAAUUUUUCCUUAGACAGCUAUGACAUUCUAUUAUUAUAUAUACUAUUAUUACAUUUUAUUCUUCUAGCUCCAUUCAAAUGUUCUGCUUUGCCUCCAUUUCCCUUUAUUUAUUCUUAUGCGAGCAAUUUAUAGUGAAUUUCCUUUUAUUUCACCUGUCAGUUGUAUUGAUUGUUCUUUAGGCAGCCAAGACGUUGCUGAAUAGUGGGCAAUUAAUUGCUUGCACUGCUUUAACCUGUAGCUGUAAAGAGCCACUGAGAUAUGUUCACAAAGCACAGAACAGAAUGAAGAAUGGUUGUGAACCAACCAAAUUAUUUAAGGGAACUCUUAGCCAGAAGCUUUUCCAUUCAUUUAAAUACAUCAGAAAGAUUAAUGUUUGCAUUUGUAAUGCUGCUAGAGUGGCACACAUAUCCAUUAGUUCUGUGUUUGGAUGAAAAAGAGCUAUCUAAAAUUGUAAACAUGUGCUUAGUGCUUUUUUACCGUGUUCAAAUAUAUAUAUAUAUAUAUAUAUAUAUAUAUAUAUAUAUAUAAUACAAUGGAUAGCUUGGCACUCUCCUUAUUGGUAUUAAAAAUAUAUACCUGCCCGGGUGCAAUCCACAGUGCGUCCAAUAUGUAAACAAAAAGAUAUCCAGGAUGCACUCUCAGGACUUGAGCAAAAAAAUUUAAUUUAUUAAAUCAUGUGCAAAACAAAGACAACAAAUAUAUAUAUAUAUGCAAAAAAACAGACAAAAUUCGUAUCUUGUAAAACCUUUUUUAUUGGACUAAAGUCCAAUAAAAAAGGUAUUACAAGAUAUGAAUUUUAUCUGUUUUUUUACAUCUACAUCACUGGACUAAUACGGCUACAAUCUCUGCUUUUAUUUACAUAAUAUAUAUGUAUAUGUAUAUGUAUAUAUGUAUAUAAAUAUCCUUGCAUUUUUUUACAGUUUAGUCUUCAGUUAUUUUUUUAUAGCAGAAGGGGACACUUCCUGGAUGGAUUGGGUCAACUUUUUAUACAUUAUAUUUUUUAUGCAUUCUAAAAAAUUGCUUUUCUGCAGCAUAUAUUAUUUAUCUUAUCCUGCAGUUAAUACUUCUACACUAUUAUUCACUAUAAGCAAGUCCUAGCUGGUAUAUCACAACCAAUCCCUUGCCUCCUAUUACCUUCUACUGGGGAACAUUCUGCGCAGAAUUGUGCAAUAUGUCACAUAUUAUUUGUGUAAUGCUUCACAUUACACAAUGUUAGGAAUAAACAAAAGUCAUCCAAGCAUGUGAGCAUGUUGUUCUACUGAUUUACUAACAUGCUAACAAACCUUGGAUUAUUUAUUUAUAGUUUUAACUAAAAUGCAGAUGCUAGUUAAAAAUGUACUUGAAGUUUCCAUUUAAGAGUUAAUGCAUGUUCUAGUCAGUGAUAUCAGCUGCCCUUUCUUAAAGCCUUUAGACCUCAUAUCAGGAACAGGUCACAGUACAAGAGACAGACUAUAACCCAUAACCCUAUUACAGUAUAGAACUAAAUAUGAUAUAUACUGUAUAUAGGGAAUGGCUAAUAGAGUUAACUACUGAGCCUUAGAACAGUAGCCUUAGACCAGGGCUGUGUUUAAUAAUGGUUGGACCCUGGGCAAGCUUUUGCUUGGGCCACCUGGACCCUGCCUCCCCACUCCCUGGCAUGCAAUCUGUGUGUUACUAACAUACAUACUGACACACAGACACAUAUACUGACACACACGCACACAUACACUGAGAGACAUACUGAUACACACUCGGACACACAUACUGACAGACCUACUAAAAAACACAGACAUAUACACUGAUAGACAUACUGACACACACACACAUACACUGACAAGUUGCUGAGGGUCCGCAGGGGCAAGACUUUUUUUGGGACCACCUUCAAGCACAAGGUUGGCCAAAAUAUAGAUCCCUAUUUGUCGUACACGUCCACAAUGCUUGCUUGCUUGGGAUCUACAAUUUGCCCAUCCUUGCAGGGUUGUAUUUAAAACUCAACAAUGUGUGUGUUUGAAUGUAAGAAUGUUUUUGUAAGGAGUAUGUGUGUGUGAAUGGCUUUUGAAUGCAGACAUGCAUUUGUGUGUAGUGUAUACACUGCCACACACAGAUACACAUACAUAUACACAGACACACACAGCAACAGACAUGCAAAUACACAGACACAAAGCUACACACACUGACACAUACACAGAGAUACACCCACUGGUACUUACACACACUGACACACAGAUACAUACACAGACAUCUGUUGGGUAAGUGUGAUAGUAGGUGUGAGGGUAGAAGAGCAUGGCACACGUAGGGAGUGAGAGUAACAGGGUUGGGGCUUUGAAUGUGAGUGUUGGGGGUUUCUAAGUGAUUGUGGGAGGGUGGCGAGUGUAACAGGGUUAGGGAGACUGGGUUAGGGGUGGUUAGUGAGACAGGGUUGGGGGCUAGUGAGACAAGGCUGGGGGGCUAGUGAGACAGGGCUGGGGGGGCUAGUGAGACAGGGCUGGGGAGGCUAGAGAGACAGGGCUGGUUGGUUAGAGAAACAGGACUGGGGGGUUAGAGAGACAGGACUGGGGGGUUAGAGAGACAGGGUUGGGGGGUUAGAGGGCUAGAGAGACAGGGUUAGGGGGUUAGAAGGUUAAUGGGACUUUGCCAAACCUGCUGACCUGCUGUACAAGCAGGGGUGGCAAUCAUAAAUUUCAUGGUGGUCCAGUGGGUACCUGGUGGUCCAGUGUGCUGCCGGUUCGCUCCCUGGUGGUCCAUUGUGUUGCUAGUGAACUCCCUGGUGGUCCAGUAUGCUGCUGGGGCUGCCGCAUUCAAUCGUGGUUCCGGCACUCUGUGAUGAUGUCAGAGCACAGGAUGGGAACCCAACGCCUGUGCUCUGACACUCACAGUGCACCGGAACUGCAUGGGAGUGCGGCAGCCCCAGCAGCACACUGGACCACCAGGGAAUCCAUUUGUAACAGUUGGCAGGGAAAUCUUUUUAUCUCCCUGCUGGCUCAAGGAAGGGGGCUCGACCCCCUCCACCACUGCCCUCUCAGUGUGCAGACCUGCUGCCCGCAACAAUUUAUUUUGAGAUCGGUGAUCCCAAAAUAAAUUGUUGUGGAUAGAGGGCAAAUGGGGCAGCUGCUUUGGGUCCCCCCAGGAGUAACUGGGCGUGGGGCAGCUGCCCUGCUUGCCCUGCAUUAAAGACUGCUUUGCUUGGAACAGUAAUGCACAAAGAUGUCCGAGUGGUUAAAAAUACAAACUGACAAUCAUAGGAUUAAUGAAGUAUAGGAAAUCUCAGUUAGGGCUGACAUCAGAACUCUAAGGGUGCCUUACAAAACUACUUGCUGCACCACACCUCACACACAUGCUUCCAAAACCACAGAGACAUAUUUAUAGGUACACACAAAUCUGUGUUCCCAGACAGUCACAGAUGCACAAACACAUACAUGUUACACACAUUCACACACUGCCAGACAGUUACACACAAAUAGACACUGUCACAUACACACAGAUACCAACUGCCAGACACACACAUAUACAUACUUCCAGAUAUACACAGUUGCACGUUGCCAGUCAGACAUACUCAACCACAAAUACUGAAAUACAUUUUGUCUUUAGAUAUCUUUCUGUCUGCCUACAUUUUUGUAUAUGAGGGUGGCUACCCCUGGUUUCCAUGCUCUAUCAGUGCAGGCUGCCCCUUUAUUCCGGCACUGCUUCCUUGGUGUGUUGGGAGGAAGUAAUAAGACAUCAUGUCCUCCCAGCACUGCCACACUAGAAUGGAGAGUGGACUGGUCUGGGAAGACAUUAAUAUCAAUGUUUAUUAAUAUAUUUUUAACUAGAAACUAACUAUUGUAAAUAACCCUACAAAUGUAUUUUGAGAGAGAUAACAAUGUAGUAGUGAGCUAUGUAUUAUAGGAAAAUAAUGCCAUUUUGAGAUUUUGGAGACCUUUAUAAACAACUCAGCCUUCAAUCCCAUGGUUUAUUAUGAUGUCUCCAGAACCCCUUAAUAAUAUUAUUUUCCCUUAAUAAAUGGCUGACACUGAAGGGUUAUUUACAACAUUGAACUCCCAGUUAAAUUACAACAGUUAGAUCUAAAUAGUUGGUCUAAAUGUUGUAAAAAUGUUAGCAUACAGUUUGAGGACUACUUAACAAAAUUAAUUUUUAUGGACUAAACCCCUAAUAAAUAUUCAUAAUAAGACAUGCUGGGUAUAUUUAUUAAGGUAAAACAGAUCCUAUAUUAGGUGCAAUGUCCUUAAUACUGAGAUACCUUCUACUGGUGAUUGCUCCUUAGUCAACACUUUGCCCCAAAAUUGCACCUGUUUUUGCUUUGCUAAAUCUCCCCAAUAUGAUUAAAGUAACAAGCCACGCACAAUAACCGCUACAGUGUGUUGUAGUUGUUCUGGUGGCAGGAGUGCCCUAGCACCAUUUUAGAAUGAUUUAUUUUUUUAUCUGGGGUCUCACAGAGACAGAAACCCACUGCCUGAGAUAACUUGAGGGGUGCAAGACUUACCAUAUUUUCUAAGAGUGAUGCUCUCAGCUAGUGAUCUAGCCCUACACUGCAGUGCUUAGUUCAAGAUAGCUGAUGGAAGCAUCUAGUAGGAGUUUCCAGCUCUCCAGAGUGUAAGAGAAAAGAUACGGAGUGGCAAGAAGAUAAAAAGUCAAACCAUAUUAAAUGCCAGAGCAUUCCUGGUGCCAUAACCACUACUUUGUACUGUAGUGGUUGUGAUGCUUGGAGUGUUCAUUUUAAUUUUCCUGCAACAAGUUUUCCAGUUGCAUUCGUACUAUAUGAUCACUAUUAUAAUCACCUCAACAAUUUCAUAUACUAAAAAAUACUUUGUAUUUCUCUUGGCUGCUUCACAUCAAUUUAAACAGUGUAGGCUACAUGCUAAUAGUCUGACACUGAAGCCAAAUUCUACAAGAUGGCAAAGUGCAAUUAAGUAAAUACCUAGUAAGGACACUAGGACCUCAAAUAAUCAAGAGAAAGGCAGAAUGGGUGAACAAUGCAGUCCAUAGCUUCCAUGCACUGCAUUGCAGGUGAGCCAGUGAACAAGUGUCUGCAAGAAGAAAAAGAGUAUAAUACACAUGCUAAAAAGGGGGAAUACUUCCUACAGGGUGCUCCAGAAAGGGAGGGCCAAUCCCUGGAGACAUCAAAUGGAAGAAAGGAUAAAUAUUCAGGCACACCUGCAGUUUCCUCUAAAAGGCAAUCUUUUUUUUUUACGAACAAAAAAGUGGAGACAACAUUUUGGCUCCUCUCUGUCCUCUCAAGUCUUGAUAAAGGCUCAGAGAGGAGUCAAAACGAAAAAGUGGAGUCUUGAUAAAGGCUUUGAGAGGAAUCGAAAAGUUGUUUCCACUUUUAUGUUCGUAAUAAAAGACUGCCUUUUAGAAGAAACCUCAGUGAGCAAGUGUCUGUUAGAGCCAGUGGUAUAAAUAGCUAGAUACAGUUUGGCGAAGGAAAAGCUCCAAAAAAUGAACACUGAACCAAAGCUCGGUCAGACACUGGUUCAAACAGAUCCAGCAAAUGAGCAACAUGGUGAGGUAUGUCUUUUUGCUGAUGAUACUAAGAUAUGUAACAGGGUUGAUGUUCCAGGAUGAAUAAGCCAAAUGAUUUAGGUAAACUAGAAAAAUGGUCAGAGUUGUGGCAACUGACAUUUAAUGUGGAUAAGUGCUAGCUAAUGCAUCUUGAACGUAAAAACCCAAGGGCAGAGUACAGAAUAUUUGAUAGUCAUAACCUCAACAUCUGAGGAAAGGGAUUUAGGAUUGAUUAUUUCUGAUGACUUAAAGGUAGGCAGACAAUGUAAUAGAGCAGCAGGAAAUGCUAGCAGAAUGCUUGGUUGUAUAGGGAGAGGUAUUAGCAGUAGAAAGAGGGAAGUGCUCAUGCCAUUGUACAGAACACUGGUGAGACCCCACUUGGAGUAUUGUACUCAGUACUGGAGACCGUAUCGUCAGAAGGAUAUUGAUACUUUAGAGACAGUUCAGAGAAGGUCUACUAAACUGGUUCAUGGAUUGCAGGAUAAAACUUACCAGGAAAGAUUAAAGGAUCUUAACAUGUAUAGCUUGGAGGAAAGGCGAGACAGGGGGGAUAUGAUAGAAACAUUUAAAUAUAUAAAGGGAAUCAACACAGUAAAGGAGGAGACUAUAUUUAAAAGAAGAAAAACUACCACAACAAGAGGACAUAGUCUUAAAUUAGAGGGACAAAGGUUUAAAAAUAAUAUCAGGAAGUAUUACUUUACUGAGAGGGUAGUGGAUGCAUGGAAUAGCCUUCCAGCUAAAGUGGUAGUGGUUAACACAGUUAAGGAGUUUAAGCAUGCGUGGAAUAGGCAUAAGGCUAACCUAGCUAUAAGAUAAGGCCAGGGAAAAAUGAAAGUACUUAGAAAAUUGGGCAGAACUAGAUGGGCUGAAUGGUUCUUAUCUGCUGUCACAUUCUAUGUUUCUAUGUAACACAAAAUGUAGGUGCCAGAAAUAGUUAUAUACAAAUUAAUACCCCUGAAGAAACAGACUAAUAAGGAAUCUGCAUACACCAUGUGCAAUAUGGAAAAUUAAUCUGGUAACAUUCCAAGCAAGAAAAUGAAUGUAAAAACCAUGCUAGCUCACCAAUAUCACCAUGCAUUUGAUAAAGUAAAUAUUAUGGUAAAGGAAAAAUGUGUAAUGUUUAUCAUAAAUUUUCUCAUUAUUUUGUUUUUGUAUAGGUGCAAUGAUGUCCUUGACUUAGUGGAGACAAUGAAACAUUUUGAGACGCUUAAGACUGUGGCAUCUAUAGGUGGUGCAGGUUCUUCAAGUUUGGAUGCCAUGGUGCAAGAAAUCUGGGACUCAUAUGGCAUUGCCAAACAAAACUUUGUUAACCAAAUAACGGAUAUUUUUAUUACUGAUAGAAGCAGUCGUUUUGAAAAGGCAUUUUUUGACUUUAGAACUAAAAUAAAGGUAGGUUAUAUAAUGCUAUCCGUCUGUCCUUUAUGACCAUGAUAGCAACUGAGAAGCUCCGAUUUGUUUCCAUUCUUGAAAAUGCUGGCAUGGAAGAAAACAAACUUGAGAAAAAAAUAUCUCAGUUAUAUUUCUUGGCCUAGAAUUUACAGUUCCCAGUUUAGCGAAUUAGACUUUAGAAUAUGUGGUUUGCUUUCUGCAAUACACAGACUGCUGUAUUUCCCAUUUGUACUGUGACCGUUUCCUUUCACAACACAUUUUGAGACAAUAAAUUACACUUUAUGGUUGUUGUAGAGCAUAACAUUCUCUGGGAAGGCUCAUGAAAUAGAAAUAAUUUACUUCACUUCACCUAGAAUAUUGAAUAUAGACAGUGUGUCUUUUACAAAUUUUGCCUUCAAAGAAUUUCAGUUCAUAAAGAUAGAUAAUUCAAUAUGAAACACAAUGGCCUUGAUUUAAAGGGACACUAUAGUCACCAGAACAAUUACAGCUUAUUGAAUUUGUUCUGGUGAGUAGAAUCAUUAACUUCAGGCUUUUUUCUGUAAACACUGUCUGUGAUGAAGUGCCCUUCGCCACUUGUGCCUGGAGGGGACUACUGGCUAGCCUCCUGCCUUCCGACUAUGGCCCCUGUGCUGAUAGCUGUAUUUUACCCCGCAGAAAGGUUUAUUUGUGUAUAUCUGCCGGGGCGUUCGGAACUUUCAGUAUGUGAGUAGUGCUACCCCAGAUAGCUAUGCCAUGGAGCCUAUUCGUGUAACGAAAGACUAUGGAAAAGACUUUGGCUCCAUGGCGAUUGAACUGUAUGUAUGUGAUCUGAGUGCUAUUCGGUAAUAAUGUGCGCUCAGAUCUAAGCUAUCUGGGGAUAUGUUGCAUGUAAAUGUUUUAUGUAGUAAUUGUAACAUUGUGUAUUUUUUUGUCUUUUUGUAACUAUGUGGUUAAUGGAGUCUUGCCUCUGUCCUGGGAGAUAAUUUGAUUACUUCCCAAUUAUCUCCAGGAUAGAGAGGAGGGAUUGUGAUGUCACUGUGGGAGUGUUUUGUUUGUAUUGUCUGUGAUUGGCUAAUAUCCAGUAUGUGUCCCAUUGUUCCAUCAGGUCCCCUAGGGGAGUGUCCACCUGGUGGACACCUGGUGGACACUUGCAUAAAUACCGCGCAGGUAGCCCUCAAUAAACCAGACCUACUUGCACCUUUCUUGAAGCCUUGGCUCAUGCUUGGGGGAAGGGAUACCUACACUCUUUGGAUUUCUAUAAUCACUUACUCCCCAGAGUAAGCUCUUUUAAGAGCUUGUUUUGUUCCUGCUAUGCUCUCUGGAUUUAGGAGAGGUUCACCCACUGGGAGCUGGAUCCUGGUUGUGGAUCCAGGGUGGGUGAGAGAUGGCGAGACCCCGGCGCAGCUGCAUCACUGGAAGUGGGGUCCGCAGUGCUGAUGGUGUCGGUUGGAGUGCUCGGAGUCCUCGGCAAGCCCUAGGAGCAUCGAUUGGCGGAGCUACUCGGUCAGAGUGCCAGCGGUCCGUCACACUGUCUUUUCAGAGAAAAUGCAAUGUUUACAUUACAGCCUAGGGAUAACUCCACUGGCCACUCCUCAGAUGGCUGCUAAAGCUGCUUCCUUAAAGGACCACUAUAGUGCCAGGAAAACAUACUCGUUUUUGAUUUUCACAGUUAGAAGACGCUUGCGUCCAUAGGAAAGCAUUGAUAAUGCUUUCCUAUGGACUGGCUGAAUGCGCCCUCAGGGUCCCACUCCUGUGGCGCUGAAGGGGGAGGAAGGGGUUAAUCCCUUACCUUUUCUCCAGCGAGGGGCUCCCUCGGCGCUGGGACUCUCCUCCCUCUUCUUAUUUCAUCAGCUGAAUGCGCAUGCGCGGCAAGAGCCCCGCGCGCAUUCAGCCAGUUCAUAGGAAAGCAUUCUCAAUGCUUUCCUAUGGAUGCAAGCGUCUUCUCACUGUGAAAAUCACAGUGAAAAAGCGGAAGCACCUCUAGCGACUGUCAAUGAGACAGCCACUAGAGGCUGGAUUAACCCAUAGGUAAACAUAGCAGUUUCUCUCAAACUGCUAUGUUUACUGCAACAAAGGUUAAACCUAGCUGGACCAGGCACCCAGACCACUUCAUUGAGCUGAAGUGGUCUGGGUGCCUAUAGUGGUCCUUUAAGCAGUCCUGCCUAAUGUGCAGCACUGCCAUUCUGUGUAGCCACCCUCUGCAUGCAGACACUGAAUUUUCCUCAUAGCGAUGCAUUGAUUCAAUUAAUCUCUAUGAGGAGAUGCUGAUUGGCCAGUAUCCGGGGUUGAUAACUUUACGCAAAAUGGGAGUAUCUAUAUCGAUAGAAUCUUAAGUGCAACCACAGGACAUCCAAUUUUGAAAGACUUUCUUAAUAUCUUUCCUCUCCCUAUUAGGGAUAUAUACUUUAAGAAUGACUGAACUCUUUACAUGCUUUCUGGCAUUGGAGGAGUUAAUUUGUUUGCUUUCAUGACCCUCUAUCAUUGGAGGAGUUAAUUUGUUGGUUCUAAGACCCUCCUCCUCUUUCUCUGCUUAAUUGAAUACGCAUGCUGUUACUGACAUCACAAAAAUGGUGACUCCAUUUUCCCUUUAAAAGGAGGCAAGAUUUCAGUCUGAUCUUAGCUCUUGACAUAGGCGCAUAUCAGCACCGAAACGCACAUUGAGCAGACGGUCCACUGGUGAUUUUUAAUACUUGGACAGUGUUGUGGUCGUGACCUAAAUAUGAAUAUUAAUCUCUUAAUACAUAAUAAUUAAGCAAUACGGAACAACAUUAAUAUUUUUAUAAUUCAUGGUAUUAUGGUCGAAUAUGUGGAUAGAAAAUACACAAAACGUUGUAAUAUUAAAUGUAUAUUUAAUAUAACUAUAAUAAAUAAACAGAUGCUAGCGGAAUGUCAAUUUCAAUAAUUAUACAAUACAAUACUACACAAAACACUAUUGGUUGCUAAAUAUUAUACAAAAGGCUAUUACAAUUGCUAACUGUUACAAUACAAACAUAUUACUUACAAGGCCCCAGCCAAAGGGCUGGGGCUAAGUCAGAGCUGGUGCUACAUGAUCAGUCAGGUACAGGCAAACAGAGAGCUAGCUUCUCCUCACAUCUGGGUUUUUAUUCAGUGUAAGUAGGCUGGCCUGUGAUGUCACUGCCAGAAGCACAUGUCUUCCUACACACUCCCCCUAGUGGUGCCCCCAAAGCAUUACACUAAAUAUGCUUUCUUUAUGAUGUAAAGUCAUUAAUUAAUAAAUAUCAUUACAAACCACCCUUUGACUUAUGUCAUAAAACAAGCAUUUAUAAAACCAGUACAUUUUGAAUCUUCCCCAUUUUAACACUACCUGCCCUACAACAAAACCCACCAUUUGAAGAACGAUACCCAUUUACCCAUUAUUACCCAUUAACAUUUUAUUGCUUAUAUAAAUGUUCACCAUUGAGCACAUGCAUUACCAGUUGGGAAAUAGGCACAUACCCACCCUUAUAAUAAUGAACAACUCAAACCAUGUUUUAUUAGAUUAACCAAUGAUAUUGUGUUCAUGUGAGGAUGUGUUUUGGAGCUUAAUAUAGUAUUACACACCACAAACUCAUAACACCUAUGAAUCAUGGCACAGACCGACUCGAUUUCUGUAGCCUCUGGCUGGUCUGUGUGCCUGGAAUUUUCAGAAACAUUAGUCCUGGAAACUGGAUACUCUAUUCUUCGACAGUCUCAUAGAACAUACGCAUGGAGACAGGGAUGAAUGAAACAGUUCAUGUGAUCAAGGACUUUUGUGUGUUUGUGGUCACAUUGUUUUGUUUUUUCUUUCUUUAUACCAUUAACCACCUUGACGUAACAGUUUCCUGCUCCUGAUGCAUUUUGUUCUGACUCUCACCACUCUUAGCUGCAAUAUUUUUUCUCCUUACAGCAACAGUUGAGCAUAGUGUCCAGUGCUUCUUCUUCUUCUGCUUAAAAUAUCCUUGCUUGAAAGGUCUUGAAUGAAAACACAGGCAAUGACGAACACAAACAUAAAUAAUAACUGUGCCAAUCAUCACAAGUACCAUGUGAUUGUGGUGUCUUAACCAUAUUUUUUUCCUAUGGCGUUUGGAUAAAUACCUACACACCUCUCUUCACAUCCAGCACACUCCUGAUUCACAGAUAAACACAAUAUCACUGCUGUAUCUACCAAUUUAACCCAAACACUCGUUAUUACUGCUGCAUUUACCAAUUUAAUCUAAACACUCGUUAUCACUGCUGCAUUUAACCAAUUUAAUCUAAACAUUAACCAAAACAAUUACAUUCCUAUUUACCACCCUUCUAUUUAAACAUGUAUAGAUAACCCAAAAUGCCUACUUUCUCUUAUCCCUCUUAUCAUUCUUCUGUUUUUUUUUUUUUUGAACUGCAACCACUCAUGCACUUUACACAGACACAAAUCAAGCACCUACUGGACAAUGGGGUUCCCUCGUUAGAGCCCUCCCACCCCAGUUUGGUUUACACAAAAAUACCCCCUGGUCCCUAUGGGUCAAUUCCCCCCUUUCCCAGGCAAGCAUACAUACAUACAUACAUACAAUAAUAAUACAUAAGGGUUUCAAUUGCAAUACAAUCACUAGAAAUAAGAGAAUAGUAUGCACAAAAUCAUAGCAUAGACAUGUUAAAUAGACAAUAAAAUAAAACAUUCAAUAGCUCAUCAAAGGUCAACAUUUAAACACUGGUCUCCAUUUGAUAUUCUAUCUGUGUUCCAAUGUCCACCCCUGGUUUCUGCUAUAUCUGAAAAAGGUAAGAAAACAGAUCAGGAUUACUUUUCCUUGUCACUUAUAGCGUAUACUGCCAAAUCCUUUACUUAGCAUAUAUACAUAUAUACACAUAUAAAUACAUUCCCUAAACUUUUCAUUUUAUAAACAAUUUGUUCAACAAGGUAACUUUCUUAAUUUUCUACUUGGCUCUUAAAAUAAACAAUCAGCUAAUAGCUGCUUUCUGCAUCUUCUCUGCAAUUCAGGAAACACAUUUCUAGCCAACCUAAACAUGUUUAAUAACUCUCCACCCUUUGGUUAAAUUAUAGAGGAGUGAACCACAACACCUCUUCCGCCUCUGAAAGGAUAUAGGUCAAUAUGUCUCAAAGUUCAACACUUCUGACAGCUAUGAGUGACUCCCUAUUAAUUUCUAGCCUUUCCACGGACAUGCUUGCACCUCGCGGCUAAGGGCCUGCACAACUAACCACCCUGUGAUGGCAGUGGCUUUCCGCAUGGGGGUGACCGCCCCCGCAAAAUUAUAGAGGAGCAAACAUACAGCAGCCUCUUUUCCGGCUCGAUUAAAGGUUCUGGGCCAAUAUGUCUGCAAUUUAACCAGUACACUCACGUAUCACUUAUUGUAUAUUUCCUGGUCUCUCAGGAAUUUCUAUUAAAUAGCGUAUCCCCUUCCCAGGGCAAUAUACAACAAAAACUAGUCACCAAGGGUCUCUAUGGUCAUGAUAGGCCACCCUACCACUAGUGUAAUACGCCCUUUUUUUAAAAUAUAUUUCCUGGUCUCUCAGAGAUUUUGCCUAUCCCUUUCCCAGAGCAAUAUAUAUAAACAAUUACAAAUAAGUUACAAAACGCUACUUAUAAGUAAUACAGGGUUUCAAAUAAUAAUACAGGAUAGAACUGCACAACAACUAUUGGGUAUGCUCCCCCUUAUCCGGACACGUUUAAAUACCCCCUAGCUCAGGUUCCCCACCCGCUACUGUAACUAAAAUCACAGCCCACGUUAUGGAGGUUCACCCGCUAGGCAGAUACACCCUAAUUCAAAGCAUGGAAAUAUUAAAAUCAGUUAUAGAUGGCUUCUAAAAUAAUAUAAAUCUUAAUCUGAGCCCCUACACUUACUUUGUUAAAAAUGCUAACUUGUUAAAAUAUUCAGACUAAAUAGGACAAAGGAAUUAUUUUACCAUUUUUUCAGUUCAUUUGUUACCAGUUCCUGCAUAUGUCCAGUAAUUCCUUAGUCCUGGAUAAUAAAGCUGAAAAACACUCCACAAAUUGAUUAGCUUAGGCAAUUACAUUUACAAAACAAUGCAGUUUAUUUUUUCUCAUACAGGCAAGACUACCCACCCCCAACAAGGACAAAUUCUCCCCCAGCUGUAGCUGAAAAGCAUGGUCACACAGCUGUUAAAAAGGUGGUCUCUCCUUCAUGAGUCAAAAUCAUAUAUAUUUAUACUAAUAUUCUGUGUAUACGCACACAUAAAUCUAUUAUUCACUGAAUCUGCUUUACUAAACGUAUCUUUUUCUUAACUACUAAUUUAAUACAUUUUGUCCAAAUCUCUUUUCAACUAGACAAAUCCAUGAAUACCAAACAAAUGUAAAUUAGUACACAAACAGGGUCAAAUUUAGCAAUAAAACCUGGUGAACUAGUUUAGUGAAAAGUUUUUUCCUAUGCAAAUGAAAGCAAACAAUGAAACUAGGCCUCAACUCAUUCACACCAUGUGGUCAAUGGUGGAUUAAAAUCCACAUGGUCAGACAAAAAGUAAAAUAGUUUUUUGUUUUAUAUAUAAAAAUGACCAAAGGUUGGUAAAACGUAACAAGCAACACAAUAAUUCAUCACUAUGUUCUACAACAAGAGAUACCUUAAAAAACAAAUAUCUAAUCCCUAUCUGCUAUCUGCAUUCAUUCCAUUAAAACCAAAUCAUCAUUCAUUUAUUCAUUUGUAUACAGACAGACAAUUUACAGUACGAUUUAAGCUAAAUGCAUAACAUUUAUAUUUUCCCCAAUAUUCAAGCAUAAUCCUGCCGACUACGCCAAAUGUUGUGGUCGUGACCUAAAUAUGAAUAUUAAUCUCUUAAUACAUAAUAAUUAAGCAAUACGGAACAACAUGAAUAUUUUUAUAAUUCAUGGUAUUAUGGUCGAAUAUGUGGAUAGAAAAUACACAAAACGUUGUAAUAUUAAAUGUAUAUUUAAUAUAACUAUAAUAAAUAAACAGAUGCUAGCGGAAUGUCAAUUUCAAUAAUUAUACAAUACAAUACUACACAAAACACUAUUGGUUGCUAAAUAUUAUACAAAAGGCUAUUACAAUUGCUAACUGUUACAAUACAAACAUAUUACUUACAAGGCCCCAGCCAAAGGGCUGGGGCUAAGUCAGAGCUGGUGCUACAUGAUCAGUCAGGUACAGGCAAACAGAGAGCUAGCUUCUCCUCACAUCUGGGUUUUUAUUCAGUGUAAGUAGGCUGGCCUGUGAUGUCACUGCCAGAAGCACAUGUCUUCCUACACACUCCCCCUAGUGGUGCCCCCAAAGCAUUACACUAAAUAUGCUUUCUUUAUGAUGUAAAGUCAUUAAUUAAUAAAUAUCAUUACAGACAGCUUUUGCAUGCCUUAGAAACUUGCUAUUACUAUAAAUCUUAACGAUCUCCCAGGGCAAAUAGGCAGUUUCUAUUUUAGGCAGUAGUAGAUGAGUUAGUAUCGGCUAUUUUAACUUAUUUCACACUAUGUUGGGUUAUGCCCUAAUUACCCCACAACCAUUACGGACUCGAUGUUAGAUUCUCCUUCAUCGUGUUUGUAUAUUUAAAGCAUUGUGACUGGUUCAGACCACCGCUUCUGAUGAUGUCAGCAGGCAGGUGCAGGUCUGAGGCAAACUGGGGCAGAGCCAGGAGCUGCAGAAUUGAAUACAAGUAAGAUUUUACUAUAUUUAGGGAGCCAAGAGGGUCCAGGGGGGCUAGAUGGUGGUUUUAACAAUAUAGGGUCAGGAAUACAUGUUUGAGUGUCUGACCCUAUAGUGCUCCUUUAAUAUUUUUGAAUAAAGUUUAAAUUAUUUUUUCAAAAUAUUAGACAAUCAAAAAUAGAUCAUUAAAAAAAUCACAAAAAAACAUUAAAAUAUAAAAGAUGUAAGCAACAGUUCUCACUCUUUCUUUAUAGAGAAAGCAGAAUAAUAUGUUUUUUAAUUAAUAUCUUGAAUAUAGAAAUGCUUGGUUUUCUUCUGCUAGUAAAACUGUAUUGUUAAAUCAUGUAUUCAAAGUAGAGUCAGGUUAUCCCAUUUUCCAUAACUAAAACGUUACUAUAAAAUAGUACAGAUAAAAAAAAACCUAUACAACUGUCAGCAUAGGAAACAACACUUUGGAGAACAUUCACUACGUGGACUAACAGUUUUCAUCAUUCAUUAGCUUAAUGUGUAGCAUACAAUACCCUAUUUAAGUUUUAGCCUGUUAUGGAACAUUUUCCACUGUACUUAUAUUAUCUGGGAACAGAAGGUAGAGAACUCUUUACUUACCCAGAGCUAGCACUUAUUAUUAUUAUUAUUAUUAGCUAGAUUCAUUUUAAUUGUCACUUUUGAAUUUGAAAGUUUUUAUGAAAAGCUCGUGACUACAUUUAUGCCAAAUAUGUAUUCAAAAGUAUUUUAUUUAAUUAGGAAAAUUUUGGUAUCUUGUAGAGUUUGUAAAAAUCCUAUUUUGACUUACUACAGCUUGCUUAAAUUAAUUUGUACAAACAAAUGUUGUUUCCAUAUUUUUAAUUUCUUUUCAAAUUUAAUUUUCCCAUUUUGCAGAGUCUAGAACACAAGCUUGGGGAAAUUCUGAGAAGCAGUUUCAUUCAAUGUCCCACCAUAGCAUCUCAGCUGAGACUUUUAGAGGUAUUUGAAGGAAUCAGCAGACGAGAUGUCGUGAAGGUAAUAUUUGCUUUAAAAAGAAGGACACUCCACAGCCCAAAAACAAAACAGUAAAAAAAGAAACCAGAAUUGAGUAGAUAUACCCCAAAUAAAAACAUGCAUGCAUUUAAUUAUACAUUUUUUAAUUAGGGUAUAUCUAGAACAGCUUGCAAGAGCUGUAGAUUUAUUGUUUGCAGCCUUUGAACCUCCCACCCCUUUGCAAGGCAGGUACUCUGAACCAUUGCCUACCACUGAGCUAAACAACCAUGAAGUAACAGGACCAGUUGUCUGGUUAACCUCAUGGGAGUGUAACAAGGUUAAUUUAUAAAAGUGCCAAUUUCUAUUGAAACGCGCACUUUUUGUAAAAUGAAAAAAGAGAAACAAUUUGAAAAGAAAUCACUCUUCACACAUAAAAUACGUACUCAAGCUAAGUUGUUUUAGGAGUUUGGAGUAUUCCUUUAAUCAUCUAUACUCUUACUGUGAGGGGUAUUUUGUGUCUCACAAAAAACUGACUGUAAGUACAAUAACUUUAUGAAAAAACGAGUGAGUGUGUUGUAUGUUGGGGUUGCAUUUUAACCAAAAUCGUGGGGGAUAGGGGUAAAAUUCUGGAACUAUAAAAGCUUAGAAACAAAACAGAUCUUGAUUCUUUAUGAUUUACUAACAGAUUAACUACUGACUGAAAAAUGUGACCUUAUUAAAUUUUAGUAAAUAUAGUUAGCAGUCAUUAAAAGUUUCAACUCAACAUGAGUGGACGACAGGAAAAGAACAAAAAGCAAUUCUUGGAAGAAUAAAUCACAUUCAUACUUAUUGAAAUAUUUCAGUCUUGUAUUUGAUUUUUUUAAUUUUUAUUAAUUUCUCUUUAUUAUAAUGCUUUAUAGUCUAUAUUUUUAACCCAAUUAGUGCUUUGAUAAAUGAGUUUAAUUCAAGGUUUUUCAACUUCACCAAAGUAUGCUUACUAUGAGCGUUAUUUACUAAAGUGUAUUCAAAGAAAAUUGAAAGUUGGCAAAAAUAGCCAAAUUAGAAUAUUUCUCCAGCACAAUACUGUUUUCAGUUCAACUAUUUUGGCAUUUAAUUUGAAAUUCACUUUGACAUCACUCUGAAUUUCUGGCAAUUCUCAAUUUAGUGAAUAAUUUGCUUCAAUGUUAAACAAUUUAACCAAUACACCAGUAAAUGUCAAGCUAUCAUAGCAUGUAAUUAUCAAAUAAAUAUAAUGGAAUGGAAAUUGUGAUUCACACAAUUUACAAAAAAUAUAUCUUUCAUUUUCAGGAUUACUUAAAGGACAAAGAUGACCAGUUAGUUGCAAUGUUCAUAGAAGAACUCACUCAAGUGAAUGAGAUGUAUGUGUCCAUGGCCCACAAUCCUCCAAUGCACAUUAAUAUGGCUCCUACAGUCAGCAAGUUGUUGUGGAUUAGAGGACUUCAUGCACGCAUUUCUGUAAGUUGUUUUUGUAAGAGUUAAUAUUUUUUCAUGUUUAUUAUGCAUUAGUCUAAUGGAAGAAGAAUAAAUAAUGGGUUGGAAUAUGUGAUGUAAAGCCCUAAUUGUGCAUAAAUGUGUUUAUUCUUUUCUUACAUUUUGUGUUUCAUAUUGUCUAUCCCAGGAACCCAUGGUGAAGCUGAAAUUAGUAUCACCACUCACUCUAGAAGGAGACUUGGGAUGGAAACUGAGGCAUUUGUACUCAGCAACAGAAGAAGAAAUAAAAAGGUACACAAAUGCAGGAAGGCUAACAUAUUCAGCAUGCUACAACAAACAUCAGUUUGCCAUUUCAAUUUUGAUAUAGGUGUGGAAGUGCAGCUCCACAUAUUGUCUGCAUAAGGAAGCUCUUCACAAAAUAUACCCAAAUAGAAUUUCUCUAUUUACUUCCCUAAUAAAUAGUGAACAUAGAAAAUACAUACAAAAAAUACAUAGAAAAUAAAUACAAGUGAUACAUGUAAAAUCUUUGUUAACAGUACUUGAUGUUAAAAAGCAUUGUCAUUUCUGUGGAAUGUAUGAUCACUCAUUGGUGUCUAUCACAAGGUGGCAAGGGGUAUAAUUGCCCCCCAGGUCAUUACUAUUGCACAAUGUACAAUUCACCUGCUGAAGAGCAGCCGCAGAUGAGUUGGUAUGUCUGCAACUAGAGAUAUAUGGCAGAAGCAGGCAGGACCUUUGCUACCAUGUGGAUUUGUGCGCUCCAGAUUUUUAGUGGAACAUUGAGAUAUUACCUUAGAAUCUGCUGUAGUUGGGUUCAUCCAGGUGGCCACACCUCCCCUUGUGUCUGUCUGCUUUACCAAUGCUCCAAUCCAUGAUACCCUGCUGCUAUGAGAUUUAGUGGCUCUACUGCACAUUCCCCCCAAAAAAGCAAAUCUAAUUUUUAGUGAAACAUGUGGUUAAAAUAAUGGCCUGAAAUGAAGGUGAAGAGGGGCCCACAAAAUUCACAGCCUCUAGUAAGGACUGUCAUGGGUAGUUAACUGAAAUAUAAUUACUAUAUAAUAUGUAUCUCCUGCCAUUGAGAAGAUUUGUAAAGAUCAAAGUGAUAAUCUGAGUGUACAUUUUUAAAAUGUCUUUCUUACACACCAGGUUUGAGGACAAUCUAGUGAAGUCUUGGCUCUCAGAUGUGAAUAAGGAACUCAGCGAGUCCUGGAAACUCCCUUUACUUGUAAGCAUGUUAUAAAACUUACAUAUUUUUGUGCAUGAUGGUUGUCACAGUCCAGCUAUUGCUGGAGGCUCUGAGGCAGCGGUCCCACAUUCAUAAAGUGCAAAUAUACAUAUAGCGAUUAUCGUAAUAUACAUGACUUCAGGCAGCAUGUGUAUUGAAGAGAGGGCCCAGCACACGCCAUCUCCAGAUUCCAAAAACUCUCUCCAACUUUUGUGAGCCCCUGCCUAGCCUUGUUUAGGUCUACAUUCUUGUCCCUGACAUCCUUGGACAGCUCUUUUGUCUUGGCCAUGGUGGAGAGUUUGGAAUCUGAUUGAUUGUUUCUGUGGACAGGUGCAUUUUACACAGGUAACGAGAGAGUGCUUUAAGAGAGUGCUACUAAUCUCAGCUUGUUACCUGUAUAAAAGACACAUGGGAGCCAGAAAUCUUGCUUAUUGAUAAGGGAUCAAAUACUUAUUUCACUCAUUGAUAUGCAAUUUAUAACAUUUUUUUACAUGCGUAUUUCUGGAUAUUUUUUUGUUGUUGUUGUUAUUCUGUCUUUCUCACUGUUAAAAUACACCUACCAUUAAAAUUAUAGACUGAUCAUUUCUUUGUCAGUGGGCAAACGUUCAAAAUCAGCAGGGGACUAAAAUACUUCUUUAUCUUGAUGUGUAUAGAUGUGUAUAUCUAUACAUAUCAGCAUAUCUCCCGGCAGCACACACCAUCUUCAGCUUCCAGAAGCUCUUUCCAACUCUUGUGAGCCCCUGGCAGCUUUGCUGCUGGAUAUCAUGGCAAUGCAACAUGCAGGCUAGGCUCACGAAAGUUGGGGAGAGAAGCUGCUGGAAUCUGAAGACGGUGUAUGCCACUACAGAGCAAGUCAGUUCAAUGCCACUGGACCAUCAGUGGGUGGGGGAGCCCAGACCUUGAGCUGUGUAAUUGGCCCCAAAAUUUCUGAUGGCCACUGUGUUUUUACGGGACAAGCCAUUACUAUUAAAAUGUCUCUGAUUAAAUUGAUAGUAAAAUAAAUAGUGUGCUUAUUAAAAAACAACCAAGUCAGGCAAAUAGACUGAGAUAUUAUGUUUUCCAUAUACUGAAGAUAAAAUGGUAUUCUAUGGAAGUUAUACCCUAAAAUAAGUACAUAUGAAUUGAAUGUUAAAGAACCACUAUAGUGCCAUGAAAACAUACUAGUUUUCCUGGCACUAUAGUGCUCUGAGGGUGCCCCCACCCUCGGGACCCCCUCCCGCCUGGCUGGAUGGCGAGGAAAGGGGUUAAACUCACCUUUAUUCCAGCGCCGGGCGGGGAGCUCUCCUCUUCCUCUCCGCCUCCUCUCCGCCAGUUUCUCUGAAACUGCUAUGUUUAUAAAAAAAAGGGGUUAAUUAUAGAGGGACCUGGCACCCAGACCACUUCAUUAAGCUGAAGUGGUCUGGGUGCCUAGAGUGGUCCUUUAAUGUGAAAACUGGAAAAUUUCAUUUUGCUGAAAAAUACCUCUUCGUGUUGUUAGUUUGUUUAGUAAUUGUUAUACAAAUAUGUAUGGAAGUAUUUUUUUUUAACAGAGUCGUACAAUUUUUAAUGUUAGAUUUGUACUUGCUUGUCCUAUGCAUAUACCAUUGCAUAUUUGAAGCUUUGACCACAUUCUUGGGUUAUAAUUAGAGAUGAGCGAACAUUACGAUUUUUGACCCCGAACCCGGACAUUUCAGUUCGGUGUUCGGCGAUUUAAUGACCCGUUUUGAAAAGCUGCAGGGCAGCCAAUCAACAAGCGUUUGACUCGUGUGCUCUUAGAAGCCAUCACAGCCAUGCCUACUAAUGGCAUGGCUGUGAUUGGCCAGUGCAGCAUGUGACCCAGCCUCUAUAUAAGCUGGAGUCACAUGAGCUCUUAUUAGUGUAGGGAGAGGAUGUUGCAGCUGUUAGGGACAGAUUAGGAAAGGGGCGUACACUUCAUAUCUGAGAGUCAAAUAGAACCGUCAAGUACUGUGGUUACAUUGCACUUUGAAAAAUUAAAAAAAUUUUGGUGCUAAAAAGUACAUUUGUGGUGUGCACUUCAUAUCUGAGAGUCAAAUAGAACCAUCAAAUACUGUGGUUACAUCGCACUUUAAAAAAUUCGAAUAUUUUUGGUGCUAAAAAGUAAACGAUCGUCUGGGGUUGCUGUGUCUCUUGUGCAGAGAUAACUUGCUGGCAUUUCGGAUUUGUACUGCCCGUAUGGGUGGGACCAGUCUGAUAUGUUUCAGAGAUGUUCUCUAUGUAAUGGCACAAGAUGAGCAAAAACCAGCUUGAGAUCUGAGCUGGACCCCACUGAAGGGCAGGCUAUUUCAGCUGCUGCCCGUUCUCAGUAUACUCUUGCAACCCAUUUUUUUGCUCUCCAUAUUGUUGGUUGACAAAUUCACAUUUUUUGAGACAGUGAAGUAACUGUAUUAAUUAUGCCUGUCACACUGUUGUGUGACCUCUCAAAAUAUUUUCUCUUUAGGACACAGGCACUGUUUACUGUCAGUGAACUUAAUUGUUGACUAUUGGUGGUUACAUUGUCGCCUGACAUAAACCAUCUGUUAGUUUGGUGGGUGAGCGCAAAGAAUGAGGAGAGCGUCAAAUAAGGGAUGUGGCCCUGGUAAUGGUGCUGCUGGUGUUGGUGGAGCUCCUGUUGCAGGGAGAGGACGUGGUCGAUCUGUGCCAGCUACACGCACAAGAGAAACACCUUCCUCAGGUGCGAGUAGGCGACAGAACCUUCAGCGUUAUUUGGUAGGCCCGAAUGCCACUCUACGAAUGGUGAGGCCAGAACAAGUACAGGGCAAAAGUAGAUUGGGUGGCUGACAAUAUUUUGGGGGCUACCCCAAUUAAAAAACAAAACAAAAACAAAAACAAAAAAAAAAUAAAAAACAGUGUUGGCUACCUCCUCCUCCUCCACCACCGCUUCCACCUACACCGCCACGGUCACCGCCUCCUCAACCUCCUACUCCACCUCCUCCUCCUAGUUCAAGAUUAUUAUUUUACAUUUUUAUGUAUUUUAUGUUUUUUUAAAUUAUUUCCCUAUCCACAUUUGUUUGCAGGGCACUUGUCCUACUCUUACCCCCAUUUUACUUCCUUUUGCAGCCCUGUAGUCCUUUCCAGGACUUUUUUAGAGCCAUUUUAGUGCCGAAGUUUGGCCGAACCUGGCGAACCCGAACAUCCAGGUGUCCGCUCAACUCUAGUUAUAAUAUCCAUACAUUUGGGCUAUAAUAUCAUAUUGUAUUUUUGAAACUUUCACCAUUCUCUUGUGUUCAGUAAUGUCCAGUUGUAAGAGUGUCAAUUUGCAGUAAUUAAUUUAUGUAAAUAAUUAAGGUAGUUUGACAAAAGUAUAUUACUACUUGCUUAUUGUUAUGUCCAUAACAUGUUUUAAACAAUAAAGAAAUUAAGAGCAAAAACGUUUAAUUGUGUCCAAGUGCACUCCAGACUCCAGUACACCGAUCGAUAGAGCAUUAAAAAAUAUAGCAACUAUUUAGCACACCUUAUAUUUCAACCCAAAUCUCUGUGCAGCAUUUCAACAAUAUGUAUUUGUCAAGCUCUCUUGAUGUUUGAAAGACCAUAACAUGUCACUAAUAGAGAUGUCGCGAACUGUCCGCCGGCGAACAAUAGCGUGUGAACAUAUCCGAUUUCCGGUCCGCCCCCUAUACGUCAUCAUUGAGUAAACUUUGACCCGGAACCUCACAGUCAGCAGACACUUCCUGGGAGGGAGGGUCUGCUGCUGAUUGGGUGGAAUGUGUCUGCUGGCUGUGAGGUUCCGGGUCAAAGUUUUCUCAAUGAUGACGUAUAGGGGGCGGACCGGAAAUCGGAUAUGUUCGCCCAACGCUAACACGCUAUUGUUCGCCAGCGGACAGUUCGCGAACAGUUCGGCGGACAGUUUGCGACAUCUCUAGUCACUAAAUCUCCCAUAUCUGGAUUCUUUACUAACCCUUUAAAAUAUCGAACUGUUUUCACAUGAACGUUUUCUAUUUGUCUUUUUGUCACCAUUCAUACUACGAUUUUUAAACUCAUUAUAAAGGAAUAAUCUACUAACAAGAUUAUGAUGGCUGAUAUAAAUAUAGUUUUGAAUGGAUAGAUAGAUUACAGUUAUGCUAUUACCUGUAUAUCUCACGUUGUUUUUUUUUUUUUAUUCCUGUUUCAGAGACCUUCCUUUUCAAGAAAUGAACAGGAGGAUUAUUUCACUCAAAUCGAAUUAAAUCUUAAUCCAGACAUUCUCAUCUAUCUACGGGAAGCUGAAUAUUUGGUGGGGCCUCCUUUCCUGAUGAAGGCAAGUUAAAUGAGAUAUAUGCAACAUUUUAUUCAAUGUCUUUAUUUAUUCUUUGCAUUUUUUGUACAUCAGAAAUUAAAUUGCAUCUAACCACUUGUAGGUUUUAAGUGUCUGACUUAGGACCUAUUUCUCCUGUUAUCACUACUUUUUAAGGUCUAACUGCUAUUCAUUAAAUUUUGGCUGCCGCUACUGAAAGCUAGUUACUAAGCAUUGGAUACUGGAUUGUGUUAUUUUUCAUGGGAGCCACUAACUACUUAAUGAAUAGUUUCCUGCUGGUUUUCAACCCUUUCACUACUGUUUAAUGGCUGCUACUAACAUUCAAGACUUAACACCAGGCACUUGCCAUAUACUAGGAAGUUAACAGCUAAAUUCCUAUAAAAUAAAUAUUAGUUGUAUGGUAUUACAAUUAAAUCCUGAAGCACAUUAUCAAAGCAUAUUAAACCAUAGUGGACUGCAAUCAAAUUACAGAAAAGAUCAGACACAUGAUAUAAUGUAUAUGGUCCUUCUUUCUAUAAGCAAAGGACAUGUGUAGUUUAUAUGAACAGUUCAUAAAGCAGAAAUAAGCCACAAAAGUGACAUAUGAAUGUAUAUGGCAUGACAGAUAUUAUUACAUUUCAUUCACUGUCAGUAUCUCCUGUUAAGGAUAAAGUAUGAAUGUUUAGGGUGCAUUCCCACCCUAAUUGCAAUGUUUUAAUUGCAAUGUAUGGUUGAUAUCGUGACAGCUUAUUCAGCAUACAUGUCUGGGAUUUCUUUUCCUGACACUAUAGUUUCCUUUAACUAAUCUAUACAGUAAUGGAUUAAGGGGAACUAUUUCUGAAUAUUAAUUGCUUGACAGAAAUAUCUUUCAGACGUGGUAGACCCCCAAAAGAAACAAACUAUUCAUAAUACAGUGAGGGAAAAAAGUAUUUGAUCCCCUGCUGGUUUUGAACAUUUGCCCACUGAAAAAGAAAUUAUAAGUCUAUAAUUUUAAUGGUAGGUGUAUUUUAACAGUGAGAGACAGAAUAACAUAAAAAAAAAACAAAAAAAAAGAAAAUCAAGAAAAACGCAUGUCAAAAAAGUUAGAAAUUGAUUUGCAUGUCAAUGAGUGAAAUAAGUAUUUGACCACUUCAACUUUGUACUUGGUGCCAAAACCCUUGUUGGCAAUCACAGAGGUCAGACGUAUCUUGUAGUUGGCCACCAGUUUGCACAAAUCUCAGGAGGGAUUUUGUGCCACUCCUCUUUGCAGAUCCUCUCCAAGUCAUUAAGAUUUCGAGGCUGACGUUUGGCAAUUUGAACCUUCAGCUCCUUCCACAGAUUUUCUAUGGGAUUAAGGUCUGGAGACUGGCUAGGCCACUCCAGGACCUUAAUGUGCUUCUCCUUGAGCCACUCCUUUGUUGCCUUGGCUGUGUGUUUUAGGUCAUUGUGAUGCUGGAAUACCCAUCCACGACCCAUUUUCAAUGUCCUGGCUGAGGUAAGCAGGUUCUCACCGAAGAUUUGAUCGUACCUGGCCCUGUCCAUUGUCCUUUUGGUGUGGUGCAGUUGUCCUGUCCCCUUAGCAGAAAAACAUAAGAAGCAUAAUGUUUCCACCAUAAGAGCUUGAUUUUGGUCUCAUCUGACUACAACACUUUCACCCAGUUAUCCUCCGAAUCAUUCAGAUGUUCAUUUGCAAACUUCAGAUGAGCCUGUGCAUGUGCUUUCUUACACAGGGGAACCUUGCCGUCACUGCAGAAUUUCAGUCCUUCACGGCGUAGUGUGUUACCGAUUGUUUUCUUGGUGACUAUGGUCCCAGCUGCCUUGAGAUCAUUAACUAGAUCCUCCCAUGUAGUUCUGGGCUGAUUCCGCACCAUUCUCAUGAUCAUUGAAACUCCAUGAGAUGAGGUCUUGCAUGGAGCACCAGACCGAGGGAGACUAACAGUUUGUUGUGUUUCUUCCAUUUGUGAAUAAUCGCACCAACUGUUGUCACCUUCUCACUAUGCUGCUUGGCGAUAGUCUUGUAGCGAAUUUCAGCCUUGUGUAGGUCUACAAUCUUGUCCCUGACAUCCUUGGACAGCACUUUAGUCUUGGUCAUGGUAGAGAGUUUGGAAUCUGGUUGAUUGCUUCUGUGGACAGAUGUAUUUUGUACAGGUAACGAGCUGAGAUUAGGAGCACUCCCUUUAAGAGAGUGCUCCUAAUCUCAGCUCGUUACCUGUAUAAAAUACAUCCGGAAGCCAGAAAUCUUGCUGAUUAAUAGGGAAUCAAAUACGUAUUUCACUCAUUCCCAUGCAAAUCAAUUUAUAACUUUUUUGACAUGCGUUUUCUGGAUUUUUUUUUUUUUUUAGUUAUUCUGUCUCUCACUGUUAAAAUACACCUACCAUUAAAAUUAUAGACUGGUCAUUUCUUUGUCAGUGGGCAAACGUUCAAAAUCAGCAAGGGGAUCAAAUACUUUUCCCCCCUCACUGUAUAGUCCUGGUUAUAAAUAAAUUUAAUGGUUUGUAUUGGCCUCGAAUAUAUUUGUAUAAAAUAUUGUAUAUAUGUCUAUAUAUUGAAUAAUAUUUGUAUCAUAUCCCCUCUGAGUCGCUGUUUUUCUAAUGUAAACAGAUUUAAAUUUGUUUAUCUUUCUAAAACUAAGAUGUUCCAUUCUUUUUAUCAAAAGAACACUAUAGUGUUAGGUAUUCCCAGCUCUAUAGGAGCCUUCUGCCACCCCACCAUGAAACAGUUAAAUAACCCAUUUAACACUUUCCAGAUUCCAGCAUUCAGGCUUCAGGUCUUUCUCAUAGGAAAGCAUUGACUCAGUGCUUUCCUAUCUUUCCUAUAGGGAUUUAUAAGUACACUGGACAUCGUCAUGCAAAGCAUGAGGACGUCCAGUGUUGUUUCACAGAGACAAACUUUGUGAAACUGCAGGAACUUCAGGAAGCACAGACAGCCACUACAGACAGGCGCAGACAGCCACAGACAGGCGCUAAAAACAGUCUUAACACUGCAAUAUAAACAUCUCUAAAACUGCAAUGUUUUAUAUUGCAGAGUAAAGGGAGCAGGGACUUCACCCAGACCACUUUAUGAUGACUGAGAUGAAAUGGUCUGGGUGCCUAUAGUGUUCCUUUAAUUAUGUAGCCUGCCUGUGCACUUUUUGAAGCAUGAUACUAUCCUUAUUUAAAAAAGGUUCCCAAAAUUGCACAGCAUAUUCAAGGUGUAGUCUCACCAGUGAUUUCUAAAGAGACACAGUUAUAUUUUUAUCCCAAGAAUGAAUGCCCCUUUUUAUAUAUGACAAUACCUUACUGGCCUUAGCAACUGCUGCUUGACAUUGCACAUUGUUGCAUAGUUUGUCUAUUGCAAUUCCCAAAUCCUUGUUUUGUUAUCCCUAAUUCACUACCAUUAAGGAUGUAAGCUGAAUGUGCAUUCUUUAUUCAGAAGUGCAUAACUUUGCAUUUAUCUACUGUACAUGAAAUUUAAUCUGCCAUUUGAGUGCCCAGUCCCCAAAUCCAUUUAAAUCCCUCUGCAGCAAAACAAUAUCCUGCUUACAUUGUAUUACUUUACAGAGUAUUGUGUCAUCUGUAAACACUGAAAUAUAACUUUAAAUGCCUAUUUCAGUAUCAUUUAUGAAUAUGUUGAAUAUAAGUGGUCACAGAACAGACUGCUGUGGGACACCACUUUUGCCCAACUUGAAAAUUUAACAUUAAUGACAACUCUCUGUGCUCUAUCUUUAAAACUAAUGUUCUAUCCAAGAACAAGAUUUUUUUUAUAUAGACCAAUUUUCUUUAGUUUGAAAACUUACCAAUUGUGUGGAACCGUGUAGUAGAUUACAUCCACUGUAAAACCCCGAUCUAUUGCACAGAUCUUAAUCCAAUUGAGCAUCUGUGGGAUGUGAUGGAACAACAAUUUUGAUCCAUGGAGGCCUCACCUUGCAACUUGCAGAACUUGCAGAAAUGAUCUGCUGCUUAUGUCUUGGUGCCAGAUACCACAGGACAUGUUCAGAUAACUUGUGGAGUCCAUGCCUUGACAUAUCAGAGCUCUUUUGGCUGAGCAAGGUGAAUCUACACUGUUUUAGGCAGCUACUUUUAAUGUUGUGGUCUGAUCAGUGUAUGAACAUUUUUUUGAUAGUCUUAUGGUCCUUAUGGUAUUUAUGUUUUUAUAAAAAUUGGAAACCUGUUAUAUCACCUUAUAAUGUCAAACUUCAUUUGGGAACAUGUUAAGUGUUUAUUUCUAAAUAUAUGGAUAAUUUGUUGUAUGUAUAUUAGAUAAUCACAAAGAAUCAGAGUGCAUAUAUUAGCAGUAAAUAUAUCCACAAAUUCAUGUAUUUUUACUGAGAAAAUGGGGAAAAUAUUUAGAUAUUAUCACGAGUACAUGAAGAAUAUCUCAUCUACAUAUUUGUAUUACUAUGAUCAACACUUUAUCUCUUCUCUCCUAAAAUCUUCCUUCUUCCUCAUUAAGGAAUUUAACAUGCUUCCCCUGUCUACAGAACUUCCUCAAAUGUCUUUCUCAAAGCAGCAACAGAGUGCAAGAGGCAAACAAAUAACAUACAAACAUUUACAAGCUUGUCUUAUGUUAAGUUCCACUCAGGAUGUCUCACAUAAGUAAUAUGUAUUUUACCACACUUUAAAGAGAAGACAGUCCUAAACUAAAUUGUUAGGCAUGCCUUCUUUGGUUUUAAGGUAUGGCUGAUACUUCCUUAUGCAGAGUGAACGAGGGGGCCACAUCUGAUGUGUGGGAAUUCUGCUUUGUUUCUAUCUUCCCAUUUUCAAUUUCAUGUCUUCCCUCAUGCUGCUUCCUCUACACAAAGCCGCCACCAGAAAUUUUGGGGCCCCUGACAAAGCACAAGGUCUGGGCCCCCCCAUCCUGCCCCCUCCCCUGGCCCGGCUCCUACCUAGUCCGCUGACAAUGAUGCAGGACUGAAUGUGGUGUGUAUAGUGGAAGUGAAUUAGAAAGUGUGUAAUGGAUGUAGUGUUUGUGUGCAUUAGAUACUGUUUGUGCAGUGAAUGCAGAGUGUGUGUUUGUGUAGCGGAUGCAGUGUGUAUAGUGAUCGCAGAGUGUGUUUGAGUAGUGGAUGUAGUGUGUGUUUGUGUAGUGGAUGUAGUGUUUGUGUGUACUAGAUGCAAUGUGUUUAGUGGAUGCAGUGUCUGUAGUGGAUGUAGUGUGUGUAUUAGCCACCAUUCCCUUACUAAUUACUCUUAAAAAUCAUCAUGUAGAGCAAUUUCACUAAUCAGUUUAAUGCUCAAAUAUCAUGUAGAAUGUAAAUUCAAAUGUAAAUGGUCUCAAUUACCUAACUGCCAUUAUUUAAUACAAUAUUUAAUUUAAUGUAAAUGUAUUCUUCUGGGAAUAAUAUAUUUCAUGUAUAAACCAUAUAAAGUCUUCCUUAAAAUUUCUAGCUCCCUGAAUCUGUGGAAUCUUUAAUGAAGAACACCGAUAUCGAGAAGUUCAAGGUUCUAUCCACAUGUCUUGAGACAGUGGUGUCAAAAUACAAUGAAGUCAUAAAAAAUAUUUCGUACCAUCAGAAGGCACUGUUUGAGAAAAAGUUGUUGAAGACCUCAGAGGUAUGGCUCAAAUGUAAAAUACCUUUUAAUGGAUUAGUAACUUUACAUCACAUACCAGACAAAAGAAUUACAAAAGUAAUUUAAAACAUCUGGAAAAUAUAAAGGUAAUUUAUUUGUUGGAGUAUAUCGAUAUAUAAAUAUCUGUACACCAGCCAUUUAUUAUUAGCAUAAUGCAGACACAUGCUAGUAAAAUGUGAAAAAUAAAGGAAAUAAUUAGUACCUCACCCCAGGGUGUGAAAGCUGUGUGAAAAUUUUAAAAAUCGUUCCCCUCACAUGUAAAUGUGAAUAUCGAUAGUCCAACAAAGAGGACGUGACAAUGCUCAGGCUUAUUCACUAGAGUGGGGAUUCAAAGGGAAUUUUAAAUUUAAAGUCAAAGCAUCUCACCUGUGUUUUUUUUUUUAAAUCAGCUAUUUUUACAGUUUGAUUACUUUGGCCUUAAGUUUGAAAUUCACUUUCAAUUCUCAGUUUAGUGAAUAACCCUAGCCCUAACUCUGAAUUAUGCUGUAAAUGUGUCUGUCAGUUCUACUAUAAUCUACACGUAGAAUAACAGAAAUAUAGAUCUAGAUAGAUCUAAAUACAUAAGUAGAUAGAUAUUUUGUUUGCAACUUUAUCCUUAGAGUUCUUGUCACAUAGGACAAUAAAAAAACUAUUAUUGAUGGGGUCUGUUCACUAGAAGCUAUUUUAGCCUGAAAGCACCAGAAUGACAUAAUAGACAGAAAUUAAUUCAGUGAUCGCUCACUGCACAGAUGCACCUAAGUUGCUCCAAGUAAAAUUUAUUUUUCUUAAAUCAAGAAGCUACUGAUGUUGAUAUGAGUAAAUAGUCACUUUCUGCUUUAUAUUCUAAUUGAGUUAUGACCUUUUCCAGAUGAAAACCCAUUUCACUGCUUUUAUAAGCAGAUCAAUUUCACAGUAUUUGCUUUUUCAAACAGGUUCUGAAGGAUGGAAUGAGCCUUUUCACUUGGAGCAUGAAUGAGAGCACAGAUUAUAUUGAACGUGCCACCUCCUAUAUUUGCACAGACCUUCAUACCAAUUUCAGCAUUGUUACAAACAAUUACAAGAUCAUUACCGAACUUGCAGCAGCAUGGUGCACAGCAAAGCUUGACAUAUUCACCUGUCGAGAUUUCAGCAGGAGCUAUUCCAUUACUGAAUUAAUAAUAACACAGAGGUAUGUUUCAUUGUGCUCCGUAAUGCUGGUUUAUUUUAAAAUGAAAGUUAAAACACAAAAGUAAAGCUGAUGGAAAGAACUCAAAUAAAAAAUAGCAGAUGGCUGUUACUAUAGGAUAUUUCAUUUUUCUGUGUGAGAUAAUAGUACUUAUUCAAUAAAUGGAGAUUUGUAGAGAAGUGACAAGUAAAUUGCAAAUGUUUUGCCAAAAUAGCCACACUGUAAAUGCUGGAGAAUUAUUCAAGUUUGGCCUUUCUCCCCAAAAUGUGAUUUUCCAUGUCAAUUUUCCACAUUGAAAUAUAUCAGCCUAGAAAGUGAUGUAAAUAUGUGUUAAGGGCAAUUAAGUGUAUUGGGCAAGCCUGCCCUCAAGAGGCCACGGGCCAUUUUUUGUAAGUGGUACAACAGUGUUUCUGGCUUACAUGACCCUUGCUUGAGGAGUUACCAGUAGGACUUUGCUUGUCAUAAAAUAAAUAAAAGUGAUUUAGCUACGUAAUGGCAAUUAAUUGAGCAGUGAAUUUUAAAGGCAUUAUAUAUACACAAAUAUGACUUCAUUAAGCUGAAGUUGUUUUGGUGACUAGUGUCUUUUUAAGUGAAAUCAGAUUAGAUUAAUUUUGGUGACAUGGGAGAGGAAUUAGUAGUAGAUGAUAGGGAGGUGGUUCCACUAGUGGGGAAUAGGGAAUUAUCUCUAUUGAAGCAAAGGGGACUGGUGGUAAGUCAAUUUUACUGUGGCUGGGGUGAAUUAGGUGUGUUUGCCAAAACUUUGCUUAUUAUCUCACGAUGAAAACUAGUAUAGAUAUAACCAAUAAAUCACAAAAAAAUUCCUUAUAUAGGUCUAGUAUAAACAGCAUGUGUACUGAUCACAUACAGACACUCCUCCUUACUGACCGGGUUUCAUUCCUACGACUCGGUUGUAGAACAAAUUGGUCGGUAAGUGAGGAGUUAAGGGAUUCUCUGCUAUGCUGUGUUCUUCUAUGUUCAGGGAUAUUUUCCUGAACAUAGACGAACGCAACAGAGCAGGGAAUCCUUCUAAUCUAUAUUCAGGGAAAUUUCCCCGAGCUUAGAUUUAAGGGAUUCCCUGCUCUGGUGCGUUCGUCUAUGUUCGGGGAAAUAUCCCUGAACAUAGACGAACACAGCAGAGCAGGGAAUCCUUCUAAUUCCCAUGGCGGCUCGCACUUACCACCCCGCGAGACAGCUGGUCGUAAGUGCGAGCCAUCGUAAAGCAGGUAGGUCACAAAACGAGGACCACCUGUACACAUCUCUGCAAUGGAUAACAAUAAAGUUCACAUACCCUUCUCUCUGUGUAGACAGACUGUACACAUACAAUGUUUAUUGUCAAUUUAUCUUUAUUUGAUACAAACUCUCUGAAUAAAAAUGUAUAUUUAACACAUAUGAAUAUUACUAAUUUAUCUAAAAUAUAAGCUAAAAUGUAUGAUUUUUAGAAUAUACUCCAGCUUUGCUUUGCAUUAAUGGAUAAAUGACUUCCAAAUAGAUAGGGAUUCUUAAAACUGAGAAGGUUUACCAGAACCACCUUAAAACAUUUAAAGCUUUAAAAUUAUUUGCUUUGUAUUUGAAUAAUUAUUUUACUUACUAACUUAUUUAGAAACAUUGAACAUGAAUUGGAGAACAUACUCAUUCCAGAAGGACAGAGAAUCCAUAGCCUUGUUCAGCAAUCCUUUCAUGCCAGUGGCAUUAGCGAGGCCUCACCUGCUUGGCAAGACUACAUAAUGGGCAUCGAUGACUUGAUUUUCCAAGGCCUAAAGAAACUUACUAUCUCUAGCUUGGCUGCCCUUCUCAACACAAUCAUGGAUGACGAGGUAAAUCAUUCAUGUUCAGCAUUAUGAAGAGAAGAACUGCUCCUCUAAAAUUAAAUUUUUACAGUUCACAGUGUGACAUUAAAUGCUAAUCACAGCCCUUUUCUCCUCAAAUACCAUACAGUUUUCUUGUCAGAUCACAUUUCUGUUUCUCUCUGCUUCCUUCUGAGAAUCAGACAUUCCUUUAUUCCACUUCUUUUUCAAAUUCAACUAAACUCAUCAGACUCACCUGUGCUUAUUAGACCUAUUCUGUCAUCGCAGACUUCCCUAUCUUGAUAAAUACCUGAUCUUUACCAUCCCUCCAUCUCUCCAUCCUUUACUGCUCUUCUUUUCCUUGCUCAUCUCCCCUUUCAUUCUCCAACCCCUUUUUUUUCUUCCCACACAGUACCUUUUCAUUAUCAGAACCCUUUUCCUUUUCAGCUAAUAUUCCUUCUCAGAUCACCCACUUUUCUUCGCAUACACAACUUUUUUUUUAACAGCCUCAAACCUCCACAUGCAAAUAAAUAAAUAACCUUGUCCAUUUAAAGCAAUAAAUACACAGGAGGCAUAUGCCUUUUUCUGUAUGGUCACUGAGCAGUGGAUGCCCUCUUUCAGUUCGAUCAAUAAAAUAAAUGUUUAAAGGGACACUGUAGUCACCAGAAAAACUAAAGCCUGUUGUAUUGGUUGAGUAUAGUCCGUCCCUGCAGGCUUUUUUGCAGUAAACACUAUUUUUUUCUUCAGAGAAAAGGCAGUGUUUACAUUGCAGCCUAGGGACACCUCCAGUGGCAACUCCCCAGAUGGCUUCUAAGGGUGCUUCCUGGGGCUUGAAAUUAGACCAACACAUUUCAUAGUAAUGUGUUUAUUAUGUGUCAGACACUUAAAGGAUUAAAUUAUAUUGCAAAUUAUGUAUUACUCAGUAUGAUUUGUUUAAUAAUUUACACUACUUUGAGGUUAAAGGACAAGACAAUAAUAUUAUGAACUGUUCCUUGAAAUCUGGUUUAUUCUGCCAAACACACAAUGCUGGUAUUGUGUAAUUACUUUUAUUAGCAGAUAAAACCACAGAGAGAAAAAAUAAGUCUAGACACAUAAGUAGCAAUAUACAUUUAUAUACAUUUCCAAAUUUUCAUCAUAUUAUCAAUAUAUCUUCUUCUUUGGUCUAGUGGUAGAUGCUUUGUGUUUUACCCUUGUAACCAGGAUUCAUUUACUUAUAUGAGAAUUAAAAGUUUUAUUUUUUUCUUAUGAUUCUUGUUCUUGGACUGGUUAGGUUGUCAGGGGGCGGUCAGAUAGUGUUUUAACAUUAAAGGGUUACGGAUAUAUGUUGUAUAUAUGUGUUCCUGACCCAAUAGUGCUCCUUUAAAGUUUCCCCCUCAAGAUCCUUUCAUAAUAUAUUUUUUUUGUGUGCUUCGUUAUCCUUUCUCUGAUUGGCCAUAUUUGAACUGAUACAUUAGAACAUUGAAAGUAUGUAACUCUAACUGGUUCUUUAAAAAAAAAAUAAAAAGAUAUACAAUCUGCUAUGGAUCCUAGGAUCCCUUGAAGCAAAUCCAGGUGACAUGAUGCUGAAUAACCAGGAGCAAAGGUUUCCCCUAGGGUGUGUAGUAUAUGAGAAGUGAAAAGAUGACACCCAUUGUGGAUCCUAUGGUGCAUGGAGCAGUGGCAUUUCACACAUCCAAACAUAUCCUCUGCAACCAGGAUAUUAUAAUGUAAAAAUAGAAACAAGCUUUGAAAAAAAUUCAGGGCCUGUAUAUUACCAAUAAUGCAUCAUGAGUCUUGUUCAUCAGGAUCCCAGGCACUAUUAAGUCUUGAUUCCUCUGCAAUUUACACUUCAACACCUAUCAUACUCUGUAACCCAUAAUUCAAAGUUGAACUCAACCACAUGAAAUUCAUUGAUCACAUAAUCUGCACUGAGCUGGAACCUGCUCCCAAUCCUAAAACCUAGUUACACACUACUUUCUUGUGCCUUAAUUGUGAUAAAUACAUGGAUUUUUGCUUUGAGCACAUUAAGAGGUUUUUGCUCACUGUCCAUGACUUUAACCAGAAUAAUUAAUGGAUUUUGCUUACCAUGGAAAUGUAGCACAUAUAACUGUUGACGCAGAGCUCAUUAUAAUGUUUUCUUCCAAGAAUGAGUGCAAUGAUGAGAAAUUAUCAUGCAAAAAUGCAGUCCUUAAAUAUUACAAUUGUAUAGUACAUGUGAUAUUUACACCAUUUUUGCUAACUUUUUGCUGUUGAGAAAAGUGGAGUACAAGUGUGGUUUGUGUGAUAAAUACUAGGAAAUGUUUUUUUUUUACAGCCUAACUGUAAAACUAAUAUACUUAAUCACUAGAUGAAAUGGUGUACCCGUAACCCAGGAAUGGCUAUCUUUUUAGCCUGGCUAUUCAUAUUAAGACACAUAGUUUAAUAACAGCUGAAAUUCUCUCAUUUGCUCUGGUUUAUUCUUCUUAAUUAUAUCAUGUUCUGUUCAUUAGUAAAAAUGAUAGUAUUGUUCUAAGUAAAAUAAAGUAUAAUAACAUAGCAUUACUUUUCUAAUAUGCUGCAUUCAUAGUAAAGAGAAGUAAAUGUCUAAUCCUAAUCCUCUACACUUUAUUUGACCAUGUGUUAAUGUAUUUGAUUAAAUAAAAGAUCAGUGUAAUUAUACAAAUCAAAUUAGAUCUUAGUGUAAAUAUUCUUCAUUACACGAUAAAUUAAGAAAUGAAUUAUGAUAAGUAUAUGCCUCUUUUUUUUACAGCAUGUUCCUAUCCUAUGCAUUGAAGUUGAAUUGAUUAAUAACGAAGUUGCCUUAAAUCCACCACUGGACCAGAGCACAUCGGAUACAAGUGUGAUGGAGAACAUCGAAGAAUGGCUUAAGGUCUUUCUUUUGAGAGGAUCUCAUAUACUGGCAAUCUCUCCUGCUGUCAAGGUAAGUGUAAUACAAGUUAAUAACUCACAUCAUCUCUGUUAGAUUACAGUGAGUCAAUGCUGGUUUAUUGAAUGGUGAUUUAGGGGAACUGUGACCAAAAUUCUAGGAAAGCAAAAAAUUUCUAUCCACCCCUCCAUUCUAAUUUAUCUUUAGAAUGAUGUCUGCUUGGCGACAGUGCCCUAUUUACGUCAGGAUAGAAUGAAAUGUUUCCAUUCACCUUUAAUAACUUUAACCCCAUUAGAAGGUGCGUUUUUGCUUUCAGAGUGGAUUCCAAGCGUAUUUGUCAGAAGAUAAUGAAGCGUUACAACUGGUUGGUCACAUUCUGCAACAGGUGGACACGAGUGUUAAAGACUGUCAGGUAGGAAUCUCAUCAGUGAUUAUCAGUACAGCAAUAGUUAUUUGGUACUGCCAUGAGAAAGUAAGAUUCUCAUCAUCCAAUAUGUAAUGCUUCAUUUUGAACAGCUGGUGGCACUGUUGCUUCAUGAAUCAUACGCUGUAUGUUUCUCCUGUUCAGAACAAUGCUGGAUAGAAAGAAUAAUAAUUCUGCAAGCUAAUGAUUUCCUUUAUUGAAAAAAAAAUAAAAAUAUCCCAGACAUUUUCCUCAUUUAAAUAUUUAAAAGGUUUUAUAAACCCCCCUCCUUUUUUUUUUUUAUUUCCAUCCCCAUUCUCCUUAGAGCUUCCAUUUACAAAUUACCCUUUGCAGAAAAUCCUUCACUCCUACUCCAGCUGUUUUAUCUUGUUACAACAGACAUUUAUAUUGAAAUAUAGCAGGCUGUUUGUCUUCUUGUACUACACAAGAUUUCCUUUGAGACCAGGCGGACCUUUAAUUGAGACAAUUGCAAGAGCCAUAGCAAGCUGUUGUAGUACAGAACACCGACCUGAUGUCUGCAUGUCAAUCACGAUCGCCAAUACACUGUGACCAUGUAUUUAUUCUGUAUGCUUGUCGUACUUCCAUUGAUUAGCAGAUCAGUAAGCACAAGGGACAAAAAAAUAUGAAAUACAAAAAGCUCCUACAGAGUAUACCUUGCCAACUAAGGGCUUUUUUACAAUGUUACUGGUAAGUAUUUCUAACAAGCUGCUACUCACUAACAUGGCUGUAGCUAACAUUACCGUUUUUAAAUCUGCAAUAUCCAGCUGUUGAAACUUGUAAAUACCAGAUGAGACCUUUAAUGACUCCCAUACACAAUAACAGGAGAUCAGUGGUUGUUCAGGUAUUUACAUACUUGUCACUAAAUUUGAAUGGGUGCUCCAAAUUUAAAAUCUUCAUGUAAGGGCAGCCUGUAACUUGCCUCUAACCUGCCUAAAAAGAGACAUAAAUUAAUAAUAAAAUUACCAGAUAGUGGUAAACUGAAUAGCCUGUACUCCUUCCUUUGCUCCAUAAGCGUUAACAUUAGGGGUGCUAAGCCUCCUAUACCCCUAUAAGCCCCCUAUACUGCCAAAUGUACUCAGAUGUUGUCAAUCUCAUAAUACCCCCACCCCUUUUUAAAAUUCUUUAUUUUGCGUUUUCAAACAUAGAUGAGACAUUUACAUUUAAAAAUAAAAUAUAACAUAAAGAUCUCUUUCCACAGAUGGUGGAUGUAUCCUAUAAAACUAUAUAUUUUGAAAAUUUAGAUGGAAGUAGAUGGAGAGAGAUUCCAAAGUGCACUGCAGAUUCAUAAUUUUCUAGAGAUACCUCGUUCUCAACAUUCUCUUUUAAGAUGUCAGUCUCCUUCUUCUAUCUUUCUCAUCCUCUCCUCUCCUCCCGCUCCUCUCCUCUGUCUUUUAUUUCUGGCCUAAGCUUUUCAUCGGAUGUAAUUAUUCAAUCUCCUAAUCUCUUAAUAUGCCACUGGAGCCAGAAAAGCUCAAUGUCAUAACCCUUAAAUUACAGAUUUUACCCAUAACAUGCCAAAGGGGGCUAGGAGAUGCCCACUUAUUCUGCCAUAAUUUCCUGGUAAAGGACAAACCAUUUUGCCAUGUUUUGUCCUCUAACCUGGCUCUCAACUGGGUGUGAAGUGUCCUCUAUGACCAGUGCAGCUACACCUCCAGCAGCAACAGUGUUAAACUCUGUAUGUGCAGAAUUUCACAGUUGAAUGCUGUACAUACAGACUCGAAACACCAUGACCACUUCAAAUCACUAAAGUGGUCAUAGUGCCUAGAGUAACCUUUUAGUAGGGAAGUGUGGGCCCAAAUAUGAUGGAAAGGGUAGGGAAUUUAUAAUUACACGUUGAGGACUCACAGAUCACAGUGUGUAUUCUUUUCCUGAUCUUAAUGUCCUUUUCCCAUCACUCUGGUCUCCGGGGCAGCUCUAGUUCUGUCAAUUAGAACUUUGUCCUGGUGAAAUUGUUAUGGCAAUUAUUUGAAAAUGUAAGUUUUCCAAGUAGAGUACAGCCAUUAAAAUCAGUGGUAAGCCUUGAAAACCUAUUAGUACUAUGUGGCUGAAAAUUUUAAACAGCUUUUACUAAUAACAAUGUUUAGAACUGAUGUUUACUAACACAAGAAAUUGCAAAUUGUAUUCCAAAACACCUGCGUUGGAGAAUUUUUCGAAUCUGUCUAAUCUACUUAUUUUGGACUUUCAUUUUCAUUUACCACGUAUGCGUCACACAUUAUGGACAUAUGAUCUUAUUUAGCCAGACAUGCACAAGCUGGAACAGGGUUACACUAUUCAAUCUCUCUGAUGGAUUGUGGACGCCAGAAACAUAGAGAGAAGCAUGUGGAAGCCAUUCAUUCAGUGAUUGCGUAUUGAGCAGACUAAGUAUGCCUUUCCAUACCAUCAUGAGACUGUGGAAUGAGCGUCUAUUAGAUUACUGCUUGAAACAGUGGCAGAAUAGUUGGUGUCAAUGCAGCAUGAUGAUCUAGCUGAGUUCUGCAAAACGGCACAUCAGAUACAGAUCUCUCUUAUCUAGCAUACAGAGAAUCUAGUUAUUCUCCAGCCUCUCUUACAAAUCUCAGAGCAACAUUACCAAACUAAACUCAACUCAGAGCAAGAACAUACUAGAGAGUACUUAGUUUGAAAUUACAGUGUUUUUGAAGUCCUGCCUAGUUAUUCCAGCCAGGAUCCCUAAAAGAAUGGCAACUCAGAUUAGCAGUUGCAUUGGAUUUUUACACAGAUGCUUUAGAAGUCUGUAGACUAUACAUUGACUGUAAAAUGACUAGUAUAAUAAUUAAUAAGGACGAAUGCAUGCUUCAGGUCCCCUGCUAUAAUAUGUUAAUCAUAAAGCGCUUUUCUUUAUGUAUUUUUAUGUAUUUUUUUAUUAUUAUUUAGGCCUUGCUGGAUGUUUUUGGCAAUUAUGCUUUUCUAUGGAAAAAAGAUGUUAACGUAGAAUUCCAAAAUUUCCUCCAUGGCAAACAUUCUCCACCUUCAUUGAUUAUACAAGACAUGGAAGAUGAGGCUGAUCUAGUUAGCAAGAGGUAAACUAGUUUAUCAUGUUAACCUUUGUAAUGAAUCUUCUGUCAUUUAUACUUUCAAAUACAUGGAAUUUCAUAUAGUCCGGUAUAGAACACACAAUAUAAGCUUGUAAAAAAAAGAAUCAGAAUUUACAAUAUCCAUGCUUUAAGGAACACUCCGGGCACCAUAACAACUUCAUCUCAAUGCAGCACUAGUCAGCUUGGUCCCUUUUUUUGAAUGAAGAUGCUCUUAGUUAGUUCCUGAUUGCCCAUUGAGAAACAUUCACUCAAAAGGUAUGUAUGAUCAUUGGCACACUUUCCAAGAAACUGAGGAAAUUAGGUGAAGACAGAGGGGCUUAACUGACAGGUGCAAUAUGGGCAACGUUGUGGUUAAACCAUUUAUAACAUGUUUAUCCCCUUAAAGGGAACCUAUAGUCCUGAAAGUGGAUGUGGCGUUAUAUAAAGAUUCAUUGAAUCUGUCAUAGAGCAGUGUUUCCUAACCCAGUCCUCGGUGCACACCAACAGUGUGAAAUUCCCAACAAUUAAUUGCAAAUUGAAAAAAAGUGUAUAGUGGAACACAAAUCUAAACAUAAUAUCAAAAUUAAAAGCUUGAGAAAGGCAGAUUUCCUAAGUUUGGUUAUAUUAACUUAUAAUAUGUCUAUUAUUAACUACAGUCCACACUAGACUCUGAACUGGAAAAUAUGGGAAAAAUCCUCCAGAAUUAGCCAUUCUAUUAAGCCCAUUAUUCCAAAUUUGUGACAUCUUGGUUUCAGUGAUUGUGGUGAAUUAUGUAACUGCUCCUUUAAUUGCAACAGGAAUGACAACAGUAUGAAGAUACUAAUUGAAGCAGAACGAGCCUUCAUUCUUCCUACAGAUCACAGAGGCAAAAAACCACAUAGCCCUCUGCUAGAGGAUUUUGAUAUUGAAAUCUCCAGAUAUAAGGUAUAA